ACAGAGUUGAGGAGGCUGUAUCAUUGGGCUCUGUGAGCUGAAGCAGAGGACCCUCUACCCGAGAGCUGUCGGCUAUUAGCUAGCGAGAUUACAGUAGUGUUUCGCCAUGGAGUUGGCUCACAGUCUGCUUCUGAACGAGGAAGCCCUAGCUCAGAUCACCGAGGCUAAGAGACCCGUCUUCAUAUUCGAAUGGCUCCGCUUCCUGGACAAGGUUCUGGUGGCAGCAAACAAGGUGAGUUAAUAAUAAUAAUAAUAGUUGACAGAGACUCGUUUACUCAGGCUAGCCCAUACACCUGUGCUGUCGGGGUUAUUCGAUUUCCUCUAUCUGCAACCUACGUUUUGUUGAUUAUGUGUGUUUGCCUGCUUGUGUUUGAGUGUCUCACUCUCUCUCUCUGUGUCUGUCUCUCUCUCUCUCUCUCUCUCUCUCUGUGUCUCUCUCUCUGUGUCUCUCUCUCUCUCUCUCUCUCUCUGUGUCUGUCUCUCUCUUUCUCUGUGUCUGUCUCUCUCUCUCUCUCUGUGUAUGUCUCUCUCUCUCUCUCUGUGUCUGUCUCUCUCUCUCUCUCUGUGUCUGUCUCUCUCUCUCUCUCUGUGUCUCUCUCCCUCUCUCUCUGUGUGUCUCUCUCUCUCUCUCUCUCUGUCUCUCUCUGUCUCUCUCUGUCUCUCUGUGUGUCUCUCUGUCUCUCUGUGUGUCUCUCUCUCUCUCUGUGUGUCUCUCUCUCUCUGUGUGUCUCUCUCUCUCUGUGUCUCUCUCUGUCUCUCUCUAUGUCUCUCUCUCUCUCUCUCUCUCUCUCGCUCUCUCUCUUUCUCUCUUUCUCUCUCUCUCUCUUUGUAUAUGUCUCUCUCUGUGUGUGUCUCUCUCUCUCUCUCUGUCUGUGUGUGUGUCUCUCUCUCUGUAUCUCUCUCUCUCUCUCUCUGUGUAUCUGUGUGUGUGUGUGUGUGUGUAUGUCUCUCUGUGUGUGUGUGUGUGUCUCUCUGUGUGUGUGUGUGUGUCUCUCUGUGUGUGUAUGUCUCUCUCUCUCUGUGUGUAUGUCUCUCUGUGUGUGUGUGUGUGUCUGUCUCUCUCUCUGUAUGUCUCUCUCUGUGUGUCUCUCUGUGCCAGGUGGAUGUGAAGGAGAAGCAGAAGAAGUUGGUAGAGCAGCUGACAGGGUUGAUCAGCAGCGCCCCCGGCCCCCCCACCAGGAAACUGCUAGCUAAGAACCUGGCUACCCUCUACAGCAUAGGAGACACCUUCACCGUCUUCCAGACACUGGACAAGUGCAACGACAUCAUCAAAAGCAAGGAUGACACGCCUACCUACCUCCCCACCAAACUGUGAGCUUUUUAGAUUGAUAUAUCUUUAUGCAUUAGAUAUAGUUCUGAGCAUUAUAGUUAUCUGCAUUAGAUAUGCACUAAUAUAUAUAUAUAUAUAUAUAUAUAUAUACAGUAUAUAUAUAUAUAUAUAUACAUACAUACAUACAUACAUACAUACAUACAUACAUACAUACAUACAUACAUACAUACAUACAUACAUACAUUCAGAAAGUAUUCAGACCCCUUGCCUUAUUCUAAAUAUAUAUAUUUUUAAAACACACAGUACCCCAUAAUGACAAAUUAAAAACAGGGUCAUCUCCCUGUCCAAGGCUCUUCUCCCUCGAUUGCUCAGUUUGGCCGGGCGGCCAGCUCUAGGAAGAGUCUUGGUGGUUCCAAACUUCUUCCAUUUAAGAAUGAUGGAGGCCACUGUGUUCUUGGGGACCUUCAAUGCUGCAGAAAUGUUUUGGUACCCUUCCCCAGAUCUGUGCCUCGACACAAUCCUGUCUCGGAGCUCUACGGACAAUUCCUUCGACCUCAUGGUUUGGUUUUUGCUCUGACAUACACUGUCAACUGUGGGACCUUAUAUAGACAGGUGUGUGCCUUCCUAAAUCAUGGCCAAUCAAUUGAAUUUACCACAGGUGGACUCCAAUCAUUGUAGAAACAUCUCAAGGAUGAUCAAUGGAAACAGGAUGCCCCUGAGCUCAAUUUCGAGUCUCAUAGCAAAGGGUCUGAAUACUUAUGUAAAUAAGGUAUUUAUGUUUUCUAUGUUUAAUAAAUUAAUACACAUUUCUACACACCUGUUUUCGCUUUAUCAUUAUGGUGUAUCGUGUGUAGAUUGCUGAGGAUUUUUUAUUUUUUUAAUCAAUUUUAGAAUAAGUUUGUAAUGUAACAAAAUUUGGAAAACGUCAAGGGGUCUGAAUACUUUCAGAAUGCACUGUAUGUACACACAGAAAUAUGUGGACACCACUUCAAAUUAACGGAUUUGGCUAUUUGAGCCACACCCGUUGCUGACAGGUGUAUAAAAUUGAGCACACAACCAUGCAAUCUCCAUAGACAAACAUUGAUAGUAGAAUGGCCUUACUGAAGAGCUCAGUGACUUUGAACGUGUCAUAGGAUGCCACCUUUCCAACAAGUCAGUUCGUCAAAUUUCUGCCCUGCUAGAGCUGCCCCGGUCAACUGUAAGUGCUGUUAUUGUGAAGUGGAAAUGUCUAGGAGCAACAACGGCUCAGCCGCGAAGUGGUAGGCCACAAAAGCUCACAGAACAGGACCGCCGAGUACUGAAGCGCAUAGCGCAUAAAAAUUGUCUGUCCUGGUUGCAACACUCACUACCGAGUUCCAAACUGCCUCUGGAAGCAACGUCAGCACAUUCACUUUUCGUCGGGAGCUUCAUGAAAUGGAUUUCCAUGGCAGAGCAGCCGCACACAAGCCUAAGAUCACUAUGCGCAAUGCCAAGCGUCGGCUGGAAUAGUGUAAAGCUCGCCGCCAUUGGACUCUGGAGCACGCUUCACCAUCUGGCAGUCCUACGGACAAAUCUGGGUUUGGCGGAUGCCAGGAGAACGCUACCUGCCCCAAUGCAUAGUGCCAACUGUAAAGUUUGGUGGAGGAGGUGUAAUGCUCUCAGGCUGUUUUUCAUGGUUCGGGCUAGGCCCCUUAGUUCCUGUGAAAGGAAAUUUUAACACUACAGAAUAAAAUGCCAUUCUAGAUGAUUCUGUGCUUCCAACUUUGUGGCAACAGUUUGGGGAAGGUCCUUUCCUGUUUCAGCAUGACAAUGCCCCCGUCCACAAAGGGACGUCCAUACAGAAAUGGUUUGUCGAGAUAGGUAUGGAAGAACUUGACUGGCCUGCACAGAGCCCUGACUUCAACCCCAUCGAACACCUUUGGGAUAAAUUGGAACGCCGACUGCGAGCCAGGCCUAAUCGCCCAACAUCAGCGCCCGACCUCACUAAUGCUCUUGUGGCUUAAUGGAAGCAAGUCCCCACAGCAAUGUUCCAACAUCUAGUGGAAAGCCUUCCCAGAAGAGUGGAGUCUGGUAUAGCAGCAAAGGGGGGACCAACUCCAUAUUAAUGCCCAUGAUUUUGGAAUGAGAUGUUUGACGAGCAGGUGUCCACAUACUUUUGCUCUUGUAGGUGUAGGUAUCAGUAGCUCUGUUGAGAUUAUUUCACUUUCGUCAUUCAAUGGACUUGACGAAAUCAAACACACACAGGUAUUAUUUUUACAUUCAACUCGCUGAACCCUCUUAUCAUGUGUUUCUAUGUAGCCGGAAGCAAGGUUACGAACGACUAGGCCUACAUCCGUAGCUGGGAGGUUUUUUGUCAGAGUUAGUAGUUGAUGUUGCUCUGCAGUGGGAUUAUUCUGUGGUUCUAAAGUGGGAUUAAGAUGAGAGGUUUGAGAGAGCGGUGGAUCCCAGCGGAUUAUGUGUGUGAUCUACAGUUGGUGUUAAUGGUGCUGCAGUAUUCCAUCAUGGCCUUUUCCUUUUCAGAUGAAACAUCUGUCCUGCAGUGUGUGUGUGUGUGUGUGUGUGUGUGUGUGUAAUAAUGGAAUACAGGAGAUUUGCCUGAUUUGAGUUCACAUGAAGAUGGACAAUGAUUUUAUAAUAUUUGCGUGAAAAUCUGUAGCAAGUUGGAUGGAAACCUAGCUAUUGUCUAUGACUGUAGACUAUGUACAUUUAAUGUCAAAUGUCACGCAUGUGAACGGAUUAAGAAUAGCUUCCAGUCUAUAAUUGAGUGGUAAUUAACUGCUCACUUACACUCAUGAUGGUUUGUUUUGCAGAGCUGCGGUGGCCUGUGUUGGGGCCUUCUAUGAGAAGAUGGGGCGGAUGCUGGGAAGCUCCUUCCCAGACACCAUCACCAACAUGCUGAAAGCACUGAAGACUGCAGAGGUAUGGGCUUCCUAGGUUUUAAAGAGCAGAGGUAUGGUCUUCCUGGGUUUUAAAGAGCAGAGGUAUGGGCUUCCUAGGUUUUAAAGAGCAGAGGUAUGGGCUUCCUAGGUUUUAAAGAGCAGAGGUAUGGGCUUCCUAGGUUUUAAAGAGCAGAGGUAUGGGCUUCCUAGGUUUUAAAGAGCAGAGGUAUGGUCUUCCUAGGUUUUAAAGAGCAGAGGUAUGGGCUUCCUAGGUUUUAAAGAGCAGAGGUAUGGGCUUCCUAGGUUUUAAAGAGCAGAGGUAUGGGCUUCCUAGGUUUUAAAGAGCAGAGGUAUGGGCUUCCUAGGUUUUAAAGAGCAGAGGUAUGGGCUUCCUAGGUUUUAAAGAGCAGAGGUAUGGGCUUCCUAGGUUUUAAAGAGCAGAGGUAUGGGCUUCCUAGGUUUUAAAGAGCAGAGGUAUGGGCUUCCUAGGUUUUAAAGAGCAGAGGUAUGGGCUUCCUAGGUUUUAAAGAGCAGCUCAUAAUGCUUCUUAUCAUGGCAUGCUAGGAACGCCACGAGUAUCUCUAUCGUUACUCAGAACAAUGUACAGUUCAUUUUCAUCUUGGCAACAAUAGUGGGAUAGGCUUGAUAGGCUUAGAAUGACUUGGUAGGCUUAGAAUGACUUGGUAGGCUUAGAAUGACUUGGUAGGCUUAGAAUGACUUGGUAGGCUUAGAAUGACUUGGUAGGCCUAGAAUGACUUGGUAGGCUUAGAAUGACUUGGUAGGCUUAGAAUGACUUGGUAGGCUUAGAAUGACUUGGUAGGCCUAGAAUGACUUGGUAGGCUUAGAAUGACUUGGUAGGCCUAGAAUGACUUGGUAGGCUUAGAAUGACUUGGUAGGCCUAGAAUGACUUGGUAGGCUUAGAAUGACUUGGUAGGCCUAGAAUGACAUGGACGACGUAGAAUGACUUGGAAGACUUGUAUGUAAUGCCACCCCAUUUCUCCUCUCCUCUCCUCUCCUCUCCUCUCCUCUCCUCUCCUCUCCUCUCCUCUCCUCUCCUCUCCUCUCCUCUCCUCCUCCUCUCCUCUCCUCUCCUCUCCUCUCCUCUCCUCUCCUCUCCUGUCCUCUCCUCUCCUGUCCUCUCCUCUCCUCUCCUGUCCUCUCCUCUCCUCUCCUCUCCUCUCCUCUCCUCUCCUCUCCUCUCCUCUCCUCUCCUCUCCUCUCCUCUCCUCUCCUCUCCUCUCCUCUCCUCUCCUCUCCUCUCCUCUCCUCUCCUCUCCUCUCCCCUCCCCUCCCCUCCCCUCCUCUCCAGUCCCAGGGUCGUAGUGAGAUUCUACUCAGUCUACAGAAGGUGUUGAAUGGUCUUGGUGGAGCAGCAGCCUCUUGCCAUAGAGACAUCUAUAAGAAUGCUCGCUCGCUACUCACAGACCGCUCCAUGGCUGUGCGCUGUGCUGUGGCUAAGGUUAGUGAAUAUGUGUCCACAAAUUGGGCUCAGGGACAUUGAUAACCCUCAAAUGAUAUGAUAAUGAUAACCUUGAAUCGAUGCGAUAACAAUAACCUUGAGGUGAUAUGAUAAUGAUAACCUUGAUGUGAUGCGAUAAUGAUAACCUUGAGGUGAUGCGAUAAUGAUAACCUUGAGGUGAUGCGAUAAUGAUAACCUUGAGGUGAUAUGAUAAUGAUAACCUUGAGGUGAUAUGAUAAUGAUAACCUUGAGGUGAUGCAAAAAUGAUAACCUUGAGGUGAUAUGAUAAUGAUAACCUUGAGGUGAUACGAUAAUGAUAACCUUGAGGUGAUGCGAUAAUGAUAACCUUGAGGUGAUAUGAUAAUGAUAACCUUGAGGUGAUAUGAUAAUGAUAACCUUGAGGUGAUAUGAUAAUGAUAACCUUGAGGUGAUGCAAUAAUGAUAACCUUGAGGUGAUAUGAUAAUGAUACCUUGAGGUGAUGCGAUAUGAUAACCUUGAGGUGAUAUGAUAAUGAUAACCUUGAGGUGAUGUUAAUAAUAAUGACCGUGAGUUGAUGUGAUAUGAGAACCUUCAAUUGAUGUGUUCAUGUGAACCACACAGCUGGAGAACAUAGCUACUCUGUGCUUCAAGGUCCUGGAAGGUUUAAAUUUUUAAAUGGUUUCCCGUUCUUUUUUUUUAUUCUUUUUUUCCUCUCUUUUGUUUGUUUUUCUCUUGUUUUCUUUUUCUUUUUGUUUUUUUUUAUCCUCUUCUCCUUCUUCUUUUUUUCUUUGUUUUGUUUCUUCUGUCUCUUCUUUAUCUCCUCUUUUCUCUCUCUUCUUUCUCUUCUUUUUCUGUCUCUCCUCUUUUGCUCUUUUUAUCUUUUCUUCUCUCCUUCUCUUUUCCCUUCUUGCUCUUUCUCUUUCUCUUUUAUCUCUUUUCCCCUUUUCUCUCUCUCUCUCUCUCUCUCUUUCUCUUUUUUCUUUCUUAUCCUCUCUCCCCUUCUCUUCUCUCUCUCUCUUUUCUUCUCUCUUUCUCCUCUGUCUCCUUUCUCUGUUUCUCUUUAUUCUGUCUUGUUUGUUCUUUUGUCUCAGGUCUGCUAAGCUGCAAAAGGGGUUUGUUUCAUGGGGCCCCACAGGGGAGAACUAGACUUGUGUUUAAAGGCCCUGGAAGGAUCUAACUAUGGUGUGAGGGUAGCUGUAUCCAGACUACUGGGGACCGUCAUGGCCACGGCCCUGAUGCCCAAACAAGCUGCAGGUUAGGAGCAUGCUCGAACUGGGUUUCCUUUGUCAGGUUUUACAUGUUGAAAUGUAAAAUGGAUUAAAAAAACAACAAAAAAAACAUCCUCAUCAAUCUACACACAAUACCCCAUAAUGACAAAGUGAAAACAGGUUUGUAGAAAUGUUUGCUAAUUUAUUAAAGAAACAGAAAUACCUUAUUUACAUAAAUAUUCAGACCCUUUGCUAUGAGACUCAGAAUUGAGCUCAGGUGCAUCCUGUUUCCAUUGAUCAUCCUUGAGAUGUUUCUACAACUUGAUUUGGAGUCCACCUGUGGUAAAUUCAAUUGAUUGGACAUGAUUUGGAAAGGCACACACCUGUCUAUACAAGGUCCCACAGUUGACAGUGCAUGUCAGAGCAAAAACCAAGCCAUGAGGUCGAAGGAAUCGUCCGUAGAGCUCCGAGACAGGAUUGUGUCGAGGCACAGAUCUGGGGAAGGGUACCAAAACAUUUCUGCAGCGUUGAAGGUCCCCAAGAACACAGUGGCCUCCAUCAUUCUUAAAAUGGAAGAAGUUUGGAACCACCAAGGCUUUUCCUAGAGCUGGCUGCCAGGCCAAACUGAGCAAUCGGGGAAGAAGUGCCUUGGUCAGGGAGGUGACCAAGAACCCGAUGGUCACUCUGACAGAGCUCUGGAGUUCCUCUGUGGAGAUGGGAGAACCUUCCAGAAGGACAACCAUCUCUGCAGCACUCCACCAAUCAGGCCUUUAUGGUAGAGUGGCCAGGAAUGUUCUCUCUAGAGCUCUGUCAGAGUGACCAUCGGGUUCUUGGUCACCUCCCUGACCAAGGCCCUUCUCCCCUGAUUGCUCAGUUUGGCCGGGCGGCCAGCUUUAGGAAGAGUCUUGGUGGUUCCAAACUUCUUCCAUUUAAGAAUGAUGGAGGCCACUGUGUUCUUGGGGACCUUCAAUGCUACAGAAAUGUUUUGGUACCCUUCCCCAGAUCUGUGCCUCGACACAAUCCUGUCUCGGAGCUCUACGGACAAUUCCUUCGACCUCAUGGCUUGGUUUUUGCUCUGACAUGCACUGCCAACUGUGGGACCUUAUAUAGACAGGUGUGUGCCUUUCCAAAUCAUGUCCAAUCAAUUGAAUUGACCACAGGUGGACUCCAAUCAAGUUGUAGAAACAUCUCAAUGAUGAUCAAUGGAAACAGGAUGAACCUGAGCUCAAUUUCGAGUCUCAUAGCAAAGGGUCUGAAUACCUAUGUUAAUAAGGUAUUUCUGUUAUUUAUUUUUAAUAAAUUAGCAAAAAUUUCUACACACCUGUUUUCACUUUGUCAUUAUCAGGUAUCAUGUGUAGAUUGCCGAGGAUGUUUUCUUUUUCAAAAAUCCAUUUUAGAAUAAGUCUGUAACGUAACAAAAUGUGGAAAACGUCAAGGGGUCUGAAUACUUUCUGAAUGCACUGUAUAACACUCAUUCAACUCUAACUGUUGUAGUUUUUGGUUCAUCAUCAAAUAUUUGGCAGCUAUCAAAUAAAUAUUAUUUUGUUUUCAAAUAACUUGCAUAUUUUCUAAAACCUUCAAAUAUUAUUUGGUUUUCUGAGAGGUAUUCAAAAUACCUUCAAAUAUGAUUUGGUUUUCUGAGAGAUAUUCAAAAUACUUUCAAAUAUUAUUAAUUUUUCUGAGAAAUAUUCAAAAUACUUUCAAAUAUUAUUACUUUUUCUGAGAUCUGUAUUUGAAUAUCAAAGAAAAUAGUUGCCUUUUAGUUUAUAACUCUUUAUAAACUAUGUUUGACUACCACCAUUAUUUGAAAAGUUGACAUUUUAAAAUAAACAAGAAAAUCCAGCUGUUUUCUGCCCAGGUCUCGUCUGCGCUGCUUGACAGGUGAAAACAGCAUGGUGGAGUGUCACUAUACUGGCUUUUCCAAGGUCCAUUCUUUCAGAUCAGAGCAAAUGAAGGAGAGGAGACAGGAAGCAAUUCAAGACAAGUGCAGAAAAGCCUCUGUCCGUCUGUCAUUGGUUGACGCUUUGCCCCCUGACCUCUCUGUCCCUCUGCUAUGUCGCUGUCUCCUCCAGUGAUGCGCCAGAACGUGAAGCGUGCCACCCUGGACGAGGUGUUGGAGCUGAUGGCUACAGGAUUCCUGAGAGGGGGGUCUGGCUUCCUGAAGAGCGGGGGGGAAAUGCUGAAGGGAGGGGGCUCUGUCAGCAGAGAGGUGCGGGUGGGAGUCACACAGGUGGGUAAAGGUGCCUCCCGUUUUGGAUCGGGUUGUUGAAUAAUAAUGUGCGUGUUUGAGAUCGACUACAUUGCUGUCAGACUGUGCAGUAUCACUGAUUUGACAAAUCACCUUGCGUUUUAUUUUAUUUUAUUUAUUUCACCUUUAUUUAACCAGGUAAGCCAGUUGAGAACAAGUUCUCAUUUACAACUGUGACCUGGCCAAGAUAAAGCAAAGCAGUGUGAUAAAAACAACAACACAGAGUUACAUAUGGGGUAAAACAAAACAUAAAGUCAAAAAUACAACAGAAAAUAUAUAUACAGUGUGUUCAAAUGUAGUAAGUUAUGGAGGUAAGGCAAUAAAUAGGUCAUAGUGCAAAAUAAUUACAAUUAGUAUUAACACUGGAAUGAUUGAGGUGCAAGAGAUGAUGUGCAAAUAGAGAUACUGGGGUGCAAAAGAGCAAAAUAAAUAACAAUAUGGGGAUGAGGUAGUUGGGUGGGCUAAUUUCAGAUGGGCUGUGUACAGGUGCAGUGAUCGGUAAGGUGCUCUGACAACUGAUGCUUGAAGUUAGUGAGGGAGAUAAGAGUCUCCAGCUUCAGAGAUUUUUGCAUCCCUAAUAACUAGUCAUUAUGUGAUGAAGAUGAGUCAUUAUGUGAUGAAGAUGAGUGAUUCUGCACCUCCCCUUGCUCAAACUGAUCCCCUCAAACACGCUGAUUGGUGUGUGGUACCAGUGAUAAUGGUGUUAUAGCAUUAAUAAUAAAACCAUGCAUAAUAUGGGAAUACUGGUGUUAUAACAUUCAUUUUAAUUUUUUUAUCAUUAAGGUGAUAAUGGUGUUAUAACAUUUAUAAUACGUCAUGAUGGUGUUAUAACCAUUCAUAAUAGGAUGAUAAUGGUGUUAUAACCAUUCAUAAUAGGAUGGUAAUGGUGUUAUAACCAUUCCUAACAUGGUGAUAAUGGUGUUAUAACCAUUCAAAAUAGGUGAUAAAGGUGUUAUAACCAUUCAUAAUAAGGUGAUAAUGGUGUUAUAACCAUUCAUAAUAAGGUGAUAAUGGUGUUAUAACCAUUCAUAAUAAGGUGAUAAUGGUGUUAUAACCAUUCAUAAUAAGGUGAUAAUGGUGUUAUAACCAUUCAUAAUAAGGUGAUAAUGGUGUUAUAACCAUUCCUAACAUGGUGAUAAUGGUGUUAUAACCAUUCAUAGUAGGUGAUAAUGGUGUUAUAACCAUUCAAAAUAGGUGAUAAUGGUGUUAUAACCAUUCAUAAUAAGGUGAUAAUGGUGUUAUAACCAUUCAUAAUAAGGUGAUAAUGGUGUUAUAACCAUUCAUAAUAUGGUGAUAAUGGUGUUAUACCCAUAAUAUGGGGAUAAUGGUGUUGGAACCAUAAUAUGGGGAUAGUGGUGUUAUAACCAUAAUAUGGGGAUAAUGGUGUUAUAACCAUUCAUAAUAAGGUGAUAAUGGUGUUAUAACCAUAAUAUGGGGAUAAUGGUGUUAUAACCAUUCAUAAUAAGGUGAUAAUGGUGUUAUAACCAUAAUAUGGGGAUAAUGGUGUUAUAACCAUUCAUAAUACGGUGAUAAUGGUGUUAUAACCAUUAACAAUACAGUGAUAAUGGUGUUAUAACCAUUCAUAAUAAGGUGAUAAUGGUGUUAUAACCAUUCAUAAUACGGUGAUAAUGUAAUAAUGUAACGCUCCUUCUCUCCUUCAAUAGGCGUAUGUUGUAUUCGUGACCACGCUGGGCCGCCAGUGGCUGGAGCGGAACUUUGCCACGUUCCUGUCUCAUGUUCUGGACCUGGUCAGCCACCCACGGGCCACCCAGACACACGUGGAGGCGGUGAGUAGCGUUAUGCUGUCCAUGCUAGGGAAGUUAGCAUUGUGUCAGCAAUAGUUAUGCUGUCCAUGCUAGGGAAGUUAGCAUUGUCAGCAAUAGUUAUGCUAGCCAUGCUAGGGAAGUUAGCAUUGUGUCAGCAAUAGUUAUGCUAGGGAAGUUAGCAUUGUGUCAGCAAUAGUUAUGCUGUCCAUGCUAGGGAAGUUAGCAUUGUGUCAGCAAUACUUAUGCUAGCCAUGCUAUGGGAUCUUUCAACGAAAAUCACGGAAGUGGGGUACAGGCCAAUAUUUCCCCAUUGAAAGCAGGUAGGCUAAGGAAUAGGGCGGCAGGUAGCUUAGUGGGUAAGAGCGUUGUGCCAGUAACCGAAAGGUCGCUGGUUCUAAUCCCCGAGCCAACUAGGUGAAAAAUCUGUCGAUGUGCCCUUAAGCAAGGCACUUAACCCUAAUUGCUCAUGUAAGUCGCUCUGGAUAAGAGCGUCUGCUAAAUGACUAAAAUGUAAAAUGUAAAUGUAAAAUGAAUAAUUCAAGCAAUAACAACACACAGUUUACUUUUUGGGGUAUUAUAACUGUAAUAUAGCUCCCGUCCAAAUGUCGUGAAUGAUAUAUAUUAAUGUCAUAGGCUAGGUUUUUAUCCAAUUUUGCGACAGGUUAUAAUGUGAAUAUUCUAAAAUCUGCAUAAAACAAUAUGCAUUUUCCUCCCGGAGAUGUGUUUCCAUCAAACAUACUUUUUGCAGAUAAAAGUCUGUGUGAUGACGUAGUGCACAUUAAAAAUUCAUUUUACUGUUAAUUUCUCAUGUACCUAAUGAGAAACACAAGUUAAAUGGGUUUCCAUCACAUUUUCAACUCCACUGAUGGUUUUGUCAGAAUAGUUUUUGCGUUAUAUAGCGACUAUGCCUCCUCUGGUCUUGGCACGUGCGCUCUAGCCAACAGCUGGCAGAUACAGGGCGGGUAGACUAUCUACAGGAUGAGAUUAUUAUGGAUAAGAGAGAGAAUAUUUGUAUUUGUCAAACGGCAGUCGAGCAUCGAUCAUCAUGUCACCAGAAUAAGACCCUCUAUAUUUAUUGGAAAGGAGCAUCCAGCUCAUCACCGUGCCCUUUCACCACCCUGUGAAGUUCAUCAUAACUUCUUUCAUCUGUAGCUUAAUUGUGUCAGCAAUAGUUAUGCUAGCCAUGCUAGGGAAGUUAGCAUUGUGUCAGCAAUAGUUUUGCUAGGAAAGUUAGCAUUGUGUCAGGGCGGCAGGUAGCUUAGUGGUUCAGAGCGUUGUGCCAGUAACCGAAAGGUCGCUGGUUCUAAUCCCCGAGCCGACUAGGUGAAAAAUCUGUCGAUGUGCCCUUGAGCAAGGCACUCAACCCUAAUUGCUCCUGUAAGUCGCUCUGGAUAAGAGCGUCUGCUAAAUGACUAAAAAUGUAAAAUGUAAAAUGUUAAUAAACUGCAUGGUUUCCCCAGUCCUAGUGGGAGGACCACACCACAUGUCAUCGCGUGACUCCAAGUUUACUUCAGUAUGAUGGUUAUUAUAUCAAUAUUUGCGCAUAAAGGCAUUUCAACCACCAGUUCUCGCACAAUUAAUUUUACCAACACGAAAAGAUCCCACCAUGUCGAACGAACAAGUUGUAUGUUGGCAUUCAUAAAAUUGUUCCGGCAUUUGUUUCCAUCAGCCUGGUUGUGACGCGUCAGGUGAUUCAUCCGCAUGAAAUGAUUGGAUGGAAACGACCUUGUAGUCACCAGUCAACUCCAUUAUACUGAAAUGUUACUUCAACUAUGCUACCAGUCUUUCUUAAUGAGUGUUAACAAAAAGGUAUAUGAUAAUGAACAUUUACAUUUUAGUCAUUUAGCAGAUGCUCUUAUCCAGAGCGACUUACUGUGAGUGCAUACAUUAUUUUUCAUACUGGCCCCCCGUGGGAAUCGAACCCCACAACCCUGGCGUUGCAAACGCCAUGCUCUACCAACUGAGCUACAUCCCUGCCGGCCAUUCCCUCCCCUACCCUGGACGACGCUGAGCCAAUUGUGCGCCGCCCCAUGGGUCUCCCGGUCGGGGCCGGCUACGACAGAGCCUGGAUUCGAACCAGGAUCUCUAGUGGCACAGCUAGCACUGCGAUGCAGUGCCUUAGACCACUGCGCCACUCGGGAGUACAACCAAAUUAUGUUAUCAGAAAUUUCAAACAACAUUCCCAGCUAAUGAGAAAACAGUCAUGGUAUUUAGUUUAAGAGAAUGAGGCAGAUUUAACAAGGCAACCUUAGGGGCUAUUUUGAAUUGGGCGCCAAUGGCAGAUUUUGCGGUAUUUUGACAUCCGUACCCCAGAACGACCCACGUGACCACAGUAAAACGUGGUCUUUUGUCAACAAUUCUUAUGCUAGACAAGGCUAAGGAAGUUAGCAUUGUGUCAACAAUAGUUAAGCUAGCCAAGGCUAAGGAAGUUAGCAUUGUGUCAACAAAAGUUAGCUAAUGAUUCCUGCCUGUCAUUCUUAUAGAGGUGCUAGCUGCUAAAUGAUAGCAUCCUAGACCCUACAUGCAGUCCAAGCUAACGUGUGGUUACUGUAAAGCACUUUGUGACAACUGAUGACAAAAUGGAUUGAUUGGUUUCAGGUGUUCUCUCCAGGUGUGUGUGUGUCAACAUGUGUACUCUCCAGGUGUGUGUGUUAACGGGUGUUCUCUCCAGGUGUGUGUGUUAACAGGUGUUCUCUCCAGGUGUGUGUGUGUUAACAGGUGUUCUCUCCAGGUGUGUGUGUGUGUGUGUGUGUGUGUUAUCAGGUGUUCUCUCCAGGUGUGUGUGUUAACAGGUGUUCUCUCCAGGUGUGUUAGUGUUAACAGGUGUACUCUCCACGUGUGUAUGUGUUAACAGGUGUACUCCCGUCGCUGUGUGUCGUUCAUGCUGCGUUCCACCCUGGGUGGGCUGCUCGGGGAGAAGGCCCAGAUCGCUGCAGGGAAAGACAUCUGCCAGGCUAUCAGUAAACAGAUGAGGGCUGUGGGUAAGGAGAUAGAUGGGGGGGAAAUAUCACGGUUCAGAGCUUUACAGAGUAAGUACACAUCCACUCAAUUAUUAUUAUUGUUAUUGCAUUUUUAUUUCUCAUCAUUUAAGAUAUACUUAAUCAUUUAUAAUUUGUUUAAUUUGAUCAUCAUUUCUCAUGAUUUACUUUAGAGUCUUUGUCUUUCUUGUUUUAUCAUGGUAUUUUAAAACCCCAACUUCAACUUAGGUCGAAUCUCCCUUUGACAUCAACGACAUGGAUGCAUGACUAAGUGGAAGUUGGGGUUGGCCAACACACACAAGUCUUUUUUCAUCUCUCAUUUUGGAGUGGGUGUGCUUGUGUUGCGUGGGCUUUUCACCUGCUCUGUUCUGCUCUGUUCUGCUCUGCUCUGUUCUGCUCUGCUCUGUUCUGCUCUGCUCUGCUCUGCUCUGCUCUGCUCUACUCUGUUCUGCUCUGCUCUGCUCUGCUCUGCUCUGCUCUGUUCUGCUCUGCUCUGCUCUGCUCUGCUCUGUUUGCUCUGCUCUGCUCUGCUCUUGCUCUGUUCUGCUCUGCUCUGCUCUGCUCUGCUCUGCUCUGCUCUGCUCUGCUCUACUCUACUCUUACUCUACUCUACUCUACUCUACUCUACUCUACUCUACUCUACUCUACUCUACUCUACUCUACUCUACUCUACUCUACUCUACUCUACUCUACUCUACUCUACUCUACUCUGCUCUGCUCUGCUCUGCUCUGCUCUGCUCUGCUCUGCUCUGCUCUGCUCUGCUCUGCUCUGCUCUGCUCUGUUCUGCUCAUCCUCCGACUCCACUGGUCUAGCUCUUUCACCUGUUCUCUCUCUCUCUCUUCUCUUCUCUUAUAUUUCUCUCUCUCCUCUUUCAUCUGUUUGCUCUCUCUCUCUCUCUCUCUCUCGCUCUCUCCUCUUUCACCUGUUCUCUCGGUCUCUCUCUCUCUUCUCUUUCACCUGUUCUCUCUCUCUCUCUUCUCUUCUCUUUCUCUUCUCUUUCUCGCUAUGCUCCAUGUAUCGUGUGUUGCUCUCUCUCUCUCUCUCCUCUUUCACUGUUCUCUCGGUCGUCUCUCGGUCUCCUCUCGCUCUCUCUCUUUAACCGUUUUCUCUCUCUCUCUCCUCUGUCGUUUUCGCUCUCUCCUAUGUUCUCUCUCUCUCUCUCUCUUUCACCUGUUCUCUCUUUCUCUCUUCUCUCUCUUUCAAUGUUAUUCGUCUCUCUAUCUCUCAUCUCUUCAUUCAGCGAUUUCCUCCUAGUCUCCUCUCUUCUCUCUCUCUCGGGUCUUCUAUCUCUCGCUCUUCUCUUCUUUCUCUUCUCUCCUUCUUUCUUCGCUUACCUCUUUCACCUGUUCUCUCUCUCUCUCUCUCUCUCUCUCUCUCUUCUCCUCUCUCUCUCUCUCUCGUCUCCUUUCACCUGUUCUCUCUCUCCACCCUCUACCUGGUUAUUUUCUCCUCUCAGCUCUUACCUCUGCUCGGAGGCACAGUUCUGCUGGUAUUGACCUUUUCUUACAUCAUACUAGCCUCCACACCAGCCGUUCUAGGGCCGAUGUGUCCCAAAUGGCACCUAAUUUUCUAUAUAGAGCACUACUUUUGACUGGAGCCCUAUGGGUCCUGGUCAAAAGUAGUACACUAUAAUAGGGAAUAUGGUGCCAUUUUGGAUGCUUCGUAGGUUUCUCCAGAAUGAGACUUAACAUCCUACUGCUAUACAGAUAUUAUAUCCAUUAAUGCCAGACUCCAUAAGUCUCAUUUAUGUUAUGAAAUAUCAAACUGUCGGGGCGACAAAACAAACCCAGGCCAGACAUAAUGUAAACAAACCCAGGCCAGACAUAAUGUAAACAAACCCAGGCCAGACAUCAUGUAAACAAACCCAGGCCAGACAUAAUGUAAACAAACUCAGGCCAGACAUCAUGUAAACAAACCCAGGCCAGACAUCAUGUAAACAAACCCAGGCCAGACAUCAUGUAAACAAACCCAGGCCAGACAUCAUGUAAACAAACCCAGGCCAGACAUCAUGUAAACAAACCCAGGCCAGACAUCAUGUAAACAAACCCAGGCCAGACAUCAUGUAAACAAACCCAGGCCAGACAUCAUGUAAACAAACCCAGGCCAGACAUCAUGUAAACAAACCCAGGCCAGACAUCAUGUAAACAAACCCAGGCCAGACAUCAUGUAAACAAACCCAGGCUAGACAUAAUGUAAACAAACCCAGGUCAGACAUCAUGUAAACAAACCCAGGCUAGAUGUCAUAACGUUUUCUGAGUGUUUUCAAGCGGCUGCUGGGCCAGCCACCCUUCCAUCAUUCAGUACCAGACAGCUGGGCCAGCCACCCUUCCAUCAUUCAGUACCAGACAGCUGGGCCACCCUUCCAUCAUUCAGUACCAGACAGCUGGGCCAGCCACCCUUCCAUCAGUCAGUACCAGACAGCUGGGCCAGCCUUCCAUCAGUCAGUACCAGACAGCUGGGCCAGCCUUCCAUCAUUCAGUACCAGACAGCUGGGCCAGCCUUCCAUCAUUCAGUACCAGACAGCUGGGCCAGCCUUCCAUCAGUCAGUACCAGACAGCUGGUGUUCUCGUUUGCUUGUAGCCUACAACAAGCCUGCAGGUUCCUCUACUGUAUAAACAUUACAGUUUACAGGUGGAGUCAGAUAUGAACGUGACAGCAGUAAAGGCCCCCUACUGCGGUGCAACGGUAGCGCCGUUAUCCGCUUCAUCUCUUGCAGUGAAUAACACUUGCCUGGAAAAGUCAUUCCUUACCAACUAUAGGGUUGAAUAAAUUCACCGUCAAAAGGUUGCAAUAGGAAACUCCACAUCCAAGAGGAAAACAUUUAGCCAGCUAGCAACUCCAGCAAAGUUUGCAAGUGCAUAAACGUUUAUUUGGCUGUAGGCUAAUCCCACCACCGGUAGGCUAUGCACAUGUUCAAGCAAUGCAGGUGUGGAUCUAUCUGUUUGCUAGCCAGCUAAAUAAGCUAGCUUCACUUACCAGUAGAAAGAGCUGGCUUUCGUGGUUAUUAUCCAUAGUGUCCAGCAUGCUGCUGGCACUGUUCGUGCUGACUGAAGUAUGGUCCAACUAGCAAGUGUUGCACUAAUAAAAAUAUUCUCAAUCCAUUGCUGAAUGAAAAUCACCCACAAUUCCAGAUUUCAUUCAGAAGCUCAAGCUAGCAACAUCAAAGCAACUUUGUAUCGACAGACCCACCAGUGUUUUCAAAUCUGUGCUCCUGUCAGCUGUCACACACACAGGCAGACCCACAGACAGACUGACAGCCAGGAGCCAAUAUUAUUAACCGUUGUUACAAAUGAAAUUGUAUUUGUCACAUGCCCUUAGCCAACAAUGCAGUUUUUAAGAAAAAUAAGAGUUAAGAAAAUAUUUACUAAAUAAAAUAUAUUUUAAAAAAAAAGUUACACACUAAAAUAACAUUAACGAGGCUAUAUACAGGGGGUACCGGUACCGAGUCAAUGUGCGGGGGUUACAGGUUAGUCAAGGUAGUUUGUACAUGUAGGUAGGGGUAAAGUGACUAUGCAAAGAUAAUGUAAUGUAAAUAGUCUGGGUGGCCAUUUGAUUAAUUGUUCAGCAGUCUUAUGGCUUGUUGGUAGAAGCUGUUAAACAGCCUUUUGGACCUAGACUUGGCGCUCCGGUACCGCUUGCCGUGUGGUAGCAGAGAGAACAGUCUAUGACUUGGGUGACUGGAGUCUUUGACAAUUUUUUUGGCCUUCCUCUGACACCGCCUGGUAUAGAAGUCCUGGAUGGCAGGAAGCUUGGCCCCAGUGAUGUACUGGGCCUUCCGCACUACCCUCUGUAGUGCCUUGCGGUCGGAGGCCGAGCAGUUGCCAUACCAGGUGGUGAUGCAACCAGUCAGGAUGCUCUCGAUGGUGCAGCUGUAGAACCUUUUGAGGAUCUGAGGACCCAUGCCAAAUCUUUUCAGUCUCCUUAGCAGGAAAAGGCGUUGUCGUGCCCUCUUCACAACUUUCUUGGUGUGUUUGGACCAUGAUAGUUUGUUGGUGAUGUGGACACCAAGGAACUUGAAACUCUCGACCCGUUCCACUACAGCCCUGUUGAUGUUAAUGGGUCCGUGUUCGGCCCUCCUUUUCCUGUAGUCCACGAUCAUCUCUUUUGUCUUGCUCACGUUGAGGGAGAGGUUGUCUCUGACCUUCUCCCUGUAGGCUGUCUCAUAAUUUUUGGUGAUCAGGCCUACCACUGUUGUCGCCAGCAAACUUAAUGAUGGUGUUGGAGUCGUGCUUGGCCACACAGUCAUGGGUGAACAGGGAGUACAGGAGGGGCCCCCGUGUUGAGGAUCAGUGUGGCAGAUGUGUUGUUACCUACCCUUACCACCUGGGGGCGGCCCGUCAGGAAGUCCAGGAUCCAGUUGCAGAGGGAGGUGUUCAGUCCCAGGAUCCUUAGCUUAGUGAUGAGCUUUGUGGGCACUAUGGUGUUGAACGCUGAGCUGUAGUCAAUGAAUAGCAUUCUCACAUAGGUGUUCCUCUUGUCCAGGUGGGAAAGGGCAGUGUGGAGUGCGAUUGAGAUUGUGUCAUCUGUGGAUCUGUUGGGGCGGUAUGCGAAUUGGAGUGGGUCUAGGGUUUCUGGGAUGAUGGUGUUGAUGUGAGCCAUGACCAUCCUUUCAAAGCACUUCAGGUCUACAGACGUGAGUGCUACGGGUCGGUAGUCAUUUAGGCACAUGCGUUUGUCAGCUAAAUCAACUGUGUAUAUACUGUAUCAACUCUCAUUGAUGAGUCUCAUUUUGCAUUGAGAGGGCUGUAGUUAGAUAUGUGUUGAUGUGUUGCUGUAGUCGUGGAUGGAUCAGAGGAGCACAUAGAAGUUAUUGUCAAUAGGGCUAUGCGUCAUAUUUCCCUGGAGAAAUCUGACCUGCAAUUUAUAAACAAAGCCGCUGUACUUAUAAUUUAUUAAAAAUAAAAAAUGGUAUCACUUUGAAGUUAUCCAAAUGGCAAAUUAAUCUUUCAUCUAUACAUUUCAAGAUAUUUUAAACCAGAAAUAAAUAGACAUUUUAUUUGGGACUGAGUCUGGCAUUAUAUGUACAGUAGAUAGGGUAACUUUCCCAUAAUUCCCUGGUUUUCCAGAAAUCCUGGUUGGAGGAUUCCGUAUUUCCUUCUUAUUCAUUCGUAGUUCAAGCAAUCUUCCAACCAGGAUUUCUGGAAAACCAGGGAAUUAUGGGAAAGUUGCUGAAAUUGUGCAACCCUAUCAGUUACCAUUGCACACUCCCCAUAGUGUAUUUAACUAUACCCUACUAACCCGUUGAAAGAUAUCACAUUGUCUUCUUAUAGAACUGAAAAACGUUACCAAUUAACCAAUUAACUCACACACUCAGCAGAAGCAAGCCUGUUAUCCCCCUGAGGAGCUUUUUAAAAAAAUCACACAUUUUGUCAAACAUUAUUUGACAUAUUUUUAUCAUUUGGUGUUCGAAUUACUCCGUCCCAUCGUCACAAUCACUUUUUCUUUUUACAAAAUAACUUCUCCAGAUUCUUACUCUGUGAUUCCCUCUGAAACCUCCUGUAUCGACCGUCUGUAUCGACCGUCUGUAUCGACCGUCUGUAUCGACCGUCUGUAUCGACCGUCUGUAUCGACCGUCUGUAUCGACCGUCUGUAUCGACCGUCUGUAUCGACCGUCUGUAUCGACCGUCUGUAUCCCUUAUGAAGAACUCUACUCUACUUCUCUACCAAACUAACUAUAUCAUAGAAAACAUAAUCGCUUCCUACUGUGCUCUGAGGGUUUUCAUUCAUCAUUAGGAACCAUCUCUAAUGAGACUCAAGUCAAGUGAAAGGGGGAAAGCAAUCUAUUCGAGACAUUUCAUUAUUCCAGAUGUCUUGCACAUCUUUGGCUAGCGGAGAGACAAUGGCAGAUGCCCUAUCCAAACUCCCAGCCAUGUUUGAUGAAUGUGGGUUCAUUAAAGGUCUUGGUGAUGAUGAAUCCUCAGACCUCUGCUGUCUGUCUUAAUGCUGAUAUUCAGUACUGUUAAUGCAUGAUAAAAAUACAAUUAUUACAAUAUCCCUGUUAACUGUUAGCUAGAGAUUCCUGUUUAACUGUUAGCUAGUGAUCCCCUGUUAACUGUUAGCUAGAGAUUCCUGUUUAACUGUUAGCUAGUGAUCCCCUGUUAACUGUUAGCAAGAGAUUCCCUGUUACCUGUUAGCUAGAGAUUCCUUGAGGUUUAUUAAACAAUAAUACAAUAAUACAAUGGGGCAUCUUGACAAAAACUACUUUGGCCCUCUCUUCCUCUCUCCUCCCCCCCCCCUCCCCCCCCCCUCCCCCCCCAUCCACCCCCGUUCCCUAGGUCUACCGUAAGCAACAACGCAGUUCAUCUAUUCAGCCAGUCACAUGCUGUGCCCAUCAGGAGCUGCAGGCACCUGUCAAGUCCUAAUGCCACCCCACCGCUCAUCACAGGAUCCCCGUCUGGUAGGACAUUACCCCACUCACAGCAGACACACCAUCCACCCCCUGUCACCUCAACAUUACCACCCAUCCACCAGCAACACACCCCUCCUCAGCACACACCAUGCACCAUGCCCUACCACUCUCUUACUCACCCACCCUCCCACACCCCACCCCCCCCCUCUCCAGAGGCAGUAGUGAAUGAUACCAGUGGAGAGAACAAGGCAGGUGCAGCUGAUGUGUCAGCCAGUCAACAUGUUAUGGUCUGUGCCCUCAAGGAGCUGGGCAGCCUGGUGCAGAGUCUCAGUGCCACAUCCUCACCGCUCAUACAGGAGCCCUCUGUUGGUAGGACAUUACACACACCAUGCACCAUGCACCAUUACACACCCAUGCACCAUGCAGACACACCAUGCACCAUGCACCAUGCAGACACACCAUUACACACACCAUGCACCAUGCAGACACACCAUGCACCAUGCAGACAGGAACACACACACACACACACACACACAAUCACACACACACACAAUCACACACAAUGCACCAUGCAGACAAGAACACACACACACACACACACACAAUCACACACACACACACAAUCACACACAAUGCACCAUGCAGACAAGAACACACACACAACACACACACAACACACAAUCACACACACACACACCACACACACACACACACACACCACACACACAUCCACACACAAUGCACCAUGCAGACAAGAACACACACACCACACACACAAUCACACACAACACAAUCACACACACAUGCACCAUGCAGACAAGAACACACAAUCCACACACACACACACAAUCACACACACACACACACACACACACACACACACAAUCACACACAAUGCACCAUGCAGACAAACACACCCAGGACCAGCCCAGGACCAGCCCAAAAGGUCCUCGUACACUUUGAUAAUGUAAUGUGGGGCCCUCACAAGUAUACAAUUAUAGGGGCCCUCACAAGUAUACAAUUAUAGGGUUCCUCACAAGUAUAACAAUUAUAGGGUUCCUCACAAGUAUACAAUUAUAGGGUUUCCUAACAAGUAUACAAUUAUAGGGUUCCCUAACAAGUAUACAAUUCUAGGGUUCCUCACAAGUAUACAGGUAUAGGGUUCCUCACAAGUAUAACAAUUAUAGGUUCCUCCAAAGUAUACAAUUAUAGGGUUCCUCACAAGUAUACAUUAUAGGGUUCCUCACAAGUAUACCAAUUAUAGGGUUCCUCACAAGUAUACAUUAUAGGGUUCCUAACAAGUAUACAAUUAUAGGGUUCCUCACAAGUAUACAAUUAUAGGGUUCCCUCACAAGUAUACAAUUAUAGGGUUCCUCACAAGUAUACAAUUAUAGGGUUCCUCACAAGUAUACAAUUAUAGGGUUCCUAACAAGUAUACAAUGAUAGGGUUCCUCACAAGUAUACAAUUAUAGGGUUCCUCACAAGUAUACAAUUAUAGGGUUCCUCACAAGUAUACAAUUAUAGGGUUCCUCACAAGUAUACAAUUAUAGGGUUCCUCACAAGUAUACAGGUAUAGGGUUCCUAACAAGUAUACAAUUAUAGGGUUCCUCACAAGUAUACAAUUAUAGGGUUCCUCACAAGUAUACAAUAUAGGGUUCCUCACAAGUAUACAAUUAUAGGGUUCCUAACAAGUAUACAAUUAUAGGGUUCCUCACAAGUAUACAAUUAUAGGGUUCCUAACAAGUAUACAAUUAUAGGGUUCCUCACAAGUAUACAAUUAUAGGGUUCCUCACAAGUAUACAGGUAUAGGGUUCCUCACAAGUAUACAAUUAUAGGGUUCCUCACAAGUAUACAAUUAUAGGGUUCCUCACAAGUAUACAAUUAUAGGGUUCCUAACAAGUAUACAAUUAUAGGGUUCCUCACAAGUAUACAAUUAUAGGGUUCCUAACAAGUAUACCAAUUAUAGGGUUCCUCACAAGUAUACAAUUAUAGGGUUCCUAACAUAGUAACAGGUAUAGGGUUCCUCACAAGUAUACAAUUAUAGGGUUCCUCACAAGUAUACAAUUAUAGGGUUCCUAACAAGUAUACAGGUAUAGGGUUCCUCACAAGUAUACAAUUAUAGGGUUCCUAACAAGUAUACAAUUAUAGGGUUCCUAACAAGUAUACAAUUAUAGGGUUCCUCACAAGUAUACCAAUUAUAGGGUUCCUCACAAGUAUACCAUUUAGGGGUUUCCUAACAAGUAUACAAUUAUAGGGUUCCUCACAAGUAUACAAUUAUAGGGUUCCUAACAAGUAUACAAUUAUAGGGUUCCUCACAAGUAUACAAUUAUAGGGUUCCUCACAAGUAUACAAUUAUAGGGUUCCUCACAAGUAUACAAUUAUAGGGUUCCUCACAAGUAUACAUUAUAGGGUUCCUCACAAGUAUACAAUUAUAGGGUUCCUCACAAGUAUACAAUUAUAGGGUUCCUCACAAGUAUACAAUUAUAGGGUUCCUCACAAGUAUACAAUUAUAGGGUUCCUCACAAGUAUACAAUUAUAGGGUUCCUCACAAGUAUACAAUUAUAGGGUUCCUAACAAGUAUACAGUUAUAGGGUUCCUCACAAGUAUACAGGUAUAGGGUUCCUCACAAGUAUACAGGUAUAGGGUUCCUCACAAGUAUACAAUUAUAGGGUUCCUCACAAGUAUACAAUUAUAGGGUUCCUCACAAGUAUACAAUUAUAGGGUUCCUCACAAGUAUACAGUUAUAGGGUUCAUCACAGUAUACAAUUAUAGGGUUCCUCACAAGUAUACAAUUAGUUAGGGUUCCUCACAAGUAUACAGUUAUAGGGUUCCUCACAAGUAUACAAUUAUAGGGUUCCUCACAAGUAUACAAUUAUAGGGUUCCUAACAAGUAUACAAUUAUAGGGUUCCUCACAAGUAUACAAUUAUAGGGUUCCUCACAAGUAUACAAUUAUAGGGUUCCUCACAAGUAUACAGUUAUAGGGUUCCUCACAAGUAUACAAUUAUAGGGUUCCUAACAAGUAUACAGGUAUAGGGUUCCUCACAAGUAUACAAUUAUAGGGUUCCUCACAAGUAUACAAUUAUAGGGUUCCUAACAAGUAUACAGUUAUAGGGUUCCUAACAAGUAUACAAUUAUAGGGUUCCUAACAAGUAUACAAUUAUAGGGUUCCUAACAAGUAUACAAUUAUAGGGUUCCUAACAAGUAUACAAUUAUAGGGUUCCUAACAAGUAUACAAUUAUAGGGUUCCUCACAAGUAUACAAUUAUAGGGUUCCUCACAAGUAACACAUACACACACUAACCCUGCCCCUGUCUCCUCAGGUCUCCUGGAGACUGUCUCCUCGGUGCUGCUCCACCCCAGCAUGGCUGCCCGUCUGGCGGCGGCCUGGUGUUUACGCUGCGUUGCCGUGGCGCUGCCCUAUCAGUUGACUCCACUGCUGGAGCGCUGUGCGGAGCGCAUCAACAACCUGAAGAGCUCUCCGGAGGCCGUCAGCGGCUACAGCUUCGCCAUGGCUGCCCUGCUGGGGGGCGUGCACCAAUGUCCUCUAGGUUUACCACACUCCAAGGGCAAGGUAGGGACCCAUUUCCCUUGGUCCAAACCUAGGACCCUAGCAAAUCUGUAAUACAGAGAACACCGACGGAAUCACGGAAUCCAGACAUUAAAACUGAAUUCAACAAUAUAAUAAAAUGUAUUGAACUUAGUAGGGAAUCAACUAAAUGUAUUGAACUUAGUAGGGAAUCAACUAAAUGUAUUGAACUUAGUAGGGAAUCAACUAAAUGUAUUGAACUUAGUAGGGAAUCAACUAAAUGUAUUGAACUUAGUAGGGAAUCAACUAAAUGUAUUGAACUUAGUAGGGAAUCAACUAAAUGUAUUGAACUUAGUAGGGAAUCAACUAAAUGUAUUGAACUUAGUAGGGAAUCAACUAAAUGUAUUGAACUUAGUAGGGAAUCAACUAAAUGUAUUGAACUUGAAUCAACUAAAUGUAUUGAACUUAGUAGGGAAUCAACUAAAUGUAUUGAACUUGAAUCAACUAAAUGUAUUGAACUUAGUAGGGAAUCAACUAAAUGUAUUGAACUUGAAUCAACUAAAUGUAUUGAACUUAGUAGGGAAUCAACUAAAUGUAUUGAAGUUAGUAGGGAAUCAACUAAAUGUAUUGAACUUAGUAGGGAAUCAACUAAAUGUAUUGAACUUAGUAGGGAAUCAACUAAAUGUAUUGAACUUAGUAGGGAAUCAACUAAAUGUAUUGAACUUGAAUCAACUAAAUGUAUUGAACUUAGUAGGGAAUCAACUAAAUGUAUUGAACUUAGUAGGGAAUCAACUAAAUGUAUUGAACUUAGUAGGGAAUCAACUCUGUUCUCCCUAGUCUAGCAGGUGUUAUAUACUCUGUGUUAUAUACUCUGUUCUCCCUAGUCUAGCAGGUGUUAUAUACUCUGUUCUCCCUAGUCUAGCUGGUGUUAUAUACUCUGUGUUAUAUCUCUCUGUUCUCCCUAGUCUAGCAGGUGUUAUAUACUCUGUGUUAUAUACUCUGUUCUCCCUAGUCUAGCAGAUGUUAUAUACUCUGUGUUAUAUCUCUCUGUUCUCCCUAGUCUAGCAGGUGUUAUAUACUCUGUGUUAUAUCUCUCUGUUCUCCCUAGUCUAGCAGGUGUUAUAUACUCUGUGUAAUAUACUCUGUUCUCCCUAGUCUAGCAGGUGUUAUAUACUCUGUGUUAUAUCUCUCUGUUCUCCCUAGUCUAGCUGGUGUUAUAUACUCUGUUAUAUACUCUGUUCUCCCUAGUCUAGCUGGUGUUAUAUACUCUGUUCUCCCUAGUCUAGCUGGUGUUAUAUACUCUGUUAUAUACUCUGUUCUCCCUAGUCUAGCUGGUGUUAUAUACUCUGUUCUCCCUAGUCUAGCUGGUGUUAUAUACUCUGUGUUAUAUCUCUCUGUUCUCCCUAGUCUAGCAGGUGUUAUAUACUCUGUGUUAUAUCUCUCUGUUCUCCCUAGUCUAGCAGGUGUUAUAUACUCUGUGUUAUAUCUCUCUGUUCUCCCUAGUCUAGCAGGUGUUAUAUACUCUGUGUUAUAUACUCUGUUCUCCCUAGUCUAGCAGGUGUUAUAUACUCUGUGUUAUAUACUCUGUUCUCCCUAGUCUAGCAGGUGUUAUAUACUCUGUGUUAUAUACUCUGUUCUCCCUAUUCUAGCAGGUGUUAUAUACUCUGUUCUCCCUAGUCUAGCAGGUGUUAUAUACUCUGUUCUCCCUAGUCUAGCAGGUGUUAUAUACUCUGUGUUAUAUACUCUGUUCUCCCUAGUCUAGCAGGUGUUAUAUACUCUGUGUUAUAUACUCUGUUCUCCCUAGUCUAGCAGGUGUUAUAUACUCUGUUCUCCCUAGUCUAGCAGGUGUUAUAUACUCUGUGUUAUAUCUCUCUGUUCUCCCUAGUCUAGCAGGUGUUAUAUACUCUGUGUUAUAUACUCUGUGUAAUACCUCUCUGGUUGUUCUAGCUGGUGGUGAGCAUAGCUGAGGACCUGCUCCGUACAGCAGCCCAGAACAGCCGUCUGUCUCUGCAGAGAACCCAGGCUGGAUGGCUGCUGCUGGGGGCACUAAUGACCCUGGGUGAGUUAGUUCCCUACUCCUAACAUCUAACCCCUAGCACUAAUGACCCUGGGUGAGUUAGUUCCCUACUCCUAACAUCUAACCCCUAGCACUAAUGACCCUGGGUGAGUUAGUUCCCUACUCCUAACAUCUAACCCCUAGCACUAAUGACCCUGGGUGAGUUAGUUCCCUACUCCUAACAUCUCACCCCUAGCACUAAUGACCCUGGGUGAGUUAGUUCCCUACUCCUAACAUCUAACCCCUAGCACUAAUGACCCUGGGUGAGUUAGUUCCCUACUCCUAACAUCUAACCCCUAGCACUAAUGACCCUGGGUGAGUUAGUUCCCUACUCCUAACAUCUCACCCCUAGCACUAAUGACCCUGGGUGAGUUAGUUCCCUACUCCUAACAUCUAACCCCUAGCACUAAUGACCCUGGGUGAGUUAGUUCCCUACUCCUAACAUCUAACCCCUAGCACUAAUGACCCUGGGUGAGUUAGUUCCCUACUCCUAACAUCUAACCCCUAGCACUAAUGACCCUGGGUGAGUUAGUUCCCUACUCCUAACAUCUAACCCCUAGCACUAAUGACCCUGGGUGAGUUAGUUCCCUACUCCUAACAUCUAACCCCUAGCACUAAUGGACCCUGGGUGAGUUAGUUCCCUACUCCUAACAUCUAACCCCUAGCACUAAUGACCCUGGGUGAGUUAGUUCCCUACUCCUAACAUCUAACCCCUAGCACUAAUGACCCCUGGGUGAGUUAGUUUCCCUACUCCUAACAUCUAACCCCUAGCACUAAUGACCCUGGGUGAGUUAGUUCCCUACUCCUAACAUCUAACCCCUAGCACUAAUGACCCUGGGUGAGUUAGUUCCCUACUCCUAACAUCUCACCCCUAGCACUAAUGACCCUGGGUGAGUUAGUUCCCUACUCCUAACAUCUAACCCCUAGCACUAAUGACCCUGGGUGAGUUAGUUCCCUACUCCUAACAUCUAACCCCUAGCACUAAUGACCCUGGGUGAGUUAGUUCCCUACUCCUAACAUCUCACCCCUAGCACUAAUGACCCUGGGUGAGUUAGUUCCCUACUCCUAACAUCUCACCCCUAGCACUAAUGACCCUGGGUGAGGCCCUAUACUGGCCAUAGCUGUACAUGUUCACCUUCAGGCCUUAGAUGGGUUUUCCAGCUCCUCUUCUAUAUUACUCCCAGUCAGCUAAAGCAAUCCAGAGUUUGGCUUUCUUCCUAUUAGAAGUGUAUGGUCCAACACGACUUGUUUGGUCUCCAGCUCUGUCCUAACACUGCUUGUUUGUGGACAUGACGCUGUGUCCAGGCCCGUCCCUGGUGCGUUACCACCUGCCCAAGAUGCUGCUGCUGUGGAGGAACGUAUUCCCCCGUUCCCAGAAAGAGAUGGAGGCAGAGAAGGCUAGAGGAGACAGCUUCACCUGGCAGGUUACACUGGAGGGACGUGCCGGAGCGCUCUGUGGUAGGCACACGUGCCCUUCAGUACAGUUUCAAUGUGUGGCUGUCACCCUGCGUUCCACCCUGGAUCCCAAGGAGUUUUGCUUUGUCUAAAAGUCCAUCCCUCUCCUCUUCCUCCCUCAUCUCUCUCCCUCUCCUCUUCUCUCCUCCUCUCUCCAGCCUCCCCUUCUCCCUCACUCCUCACAUCUCCUCUCCUCCUUCCCUCCCCCUCCCAUGCUCCCUCUCCACUCCUCCAUCUCUCGCACGUCCUCCAUCUCCCUCCUCGAAUCCUCUCCUCCCUCUCCUCUCCUCUCUCUCACUCUCCUCUCCUCUCCUCUCCUCUACCUCUCCUCGUCCUCUCCCUCCUCUCCUCUCCUCUCCUCUCCUCUAGCCAUGCGUAGCUUUGUGGCCCAUUGUGCUGAGCUGCUAACAGAGGAUGUAAUCCGCAGGCUGAUGACGCCUAUAGAGUGCGCCAUGACCAUGAUGUCACAGUGAGUAGGAUUGAUUGAUUUGAUUGAUUGAUUGUUGUGGUCCCCUCCCCUCCUGACCGGUUGUUGUUGUCUAUGCUCAGUGUCCCGUCAGUCAUCAAGGUGCAUGGGACCCAUCUGAAGGCCAGUGCAGCUAUGGUGAGGCUGAGGCUCUACGACAUCUUGGCUCUGCUACCUCCCAAGACAUACGAAGGUAAGGCUGGGUGAAAUAUUACAGCUGUUGUACUUUUAAAGUCACACUCUUAAAUUAGAGCUUUGAUCCAAGCAGUGGUGUUGAGUUGUUAGUCAUACAGGGCUUGUUUACUGGACCCUGAUCAAGUCUAGUCCUGGAGCACAAAGCAUAUGUUCAAUCUGUGUCCGGGAAGGUGGCCCUUACCUUUCAAUCUGUCCUCUGUAGGUAGUUUCAAUGCCCUGCUGAGAGAGCUGGUAGCAGAGUUCACUCUGACUGAUAACUCGGCCAAUACCACCACCUCGUUGCUACGCUCCCUCUGUCACUAUGACGACAGUGUUCUCAUGGGGUCCUGGCUCCAGGAGACUGACCACAAGUCCAUUGAGGACCAGGUAACUAAGGACAGUAAAACUAAGGGCCCAACUCCCCAUGGCGACUCCAGUUCAGGAGGAUGUAUCAAUGCAUUGUGUAGAACCUCAUGGUUUUCUAUCAGAUGGAAUUGUGUCCAAUCUGUUCAUUCUGUUUCUAUCUGCAGUUGUCAAAAUGUUUCACAUCACUGAAUAGACCCCUGCUUUUGUUAAUUGUGUGUGUGUGUGUGUGUGUGUGUGUGUGUGUGUGUGUGUGUGUGUGUGUGUGUGUGUGUGUGUGUGUGUGUGCGUGCGCGUGUCUGUGUGUGUGUGUGUGUGUGUGUGUGGUUAGCUCCAGCCCAACAGUGCGUCAGGAAGUGGCGCUCUAGAACACGACCCCUCCUCCAUCUACCUGAGGGUACCUAUGGGCGAGGCCAUGCCUGGACCCCUACCCCUUGGCGUGUCUGUCAUCGACGCCUCUGUGGCUCUGUUCGGAGUGGUGUUCCCUCAUGUCUCCUUUAAACACAGGUGAGGCUACCUCUCAGUCUAAACUCUGACCCCUGACCCUAACCCUAACCCCUAACCCCCCCGUGGCUCAGUUCGGAGUGGUGUUCCCUCAUGUCUCCUUUAAACACAGGUGAGGCUACCUCUCAGUCUAAACUCUGACCCCUGACCCUAACAGGUGAGGGACCUAGUCCACUGACACUUGACAUUCCUAGUAGAAUCUAAUAAUGUUUGUCUCAGUCUUCAGAGGUGUCCAGGCCAGCAGUUGAAUCAGUAGUGCUUCCUCUAGAUGAUGUCCAACAGGGGGACUGGCUGGGGUUACUUCAGGAGAGGUUUGGGAAACUCCAGAUGAUGUCCAACAGGGGGACUGGCUGGGGUUACUUCAGGAGAGGUUUGGGAAACUCUAGAUGAUGUCCAACAGGGGGACUGGCUGGGGUUACUUCAGGAGAGGUUUGGGAAACUCUAGAUGAUGUCCAACAGGGGGACUGGCUGGGGUUACUUCAGGAGAGGUUUGGGAAACUCUAGAUGAUGUCCAACAGGGGGACUGGCUGGGGUUACUUCAGGAGAGGUUUGGGAAACUCUAGAUGAUGUCCAACAGGGGGACUGGCUGGGGUUACUUCAGGAGAGGUUUGGGAAACUCUAGAUGAUGUCCAACAGGGGGGACUGGCUGGGGUUACUUCAGGAGAGGUUUGGGAAACUCUAGAUGAUGUCCAACAGGGGGACUGGCUGGGGUUACUUCAGGAGAGGUUUGGGAAACAAUGUAUUUUAUUAAUCACUCACAUUUGUGUGUGUGUUAGGCUGCAGAUGCUGGACCACUUUGCAGAGUGUAUAAAACAGGCCAAGGGAGUCAGACAGCAGGCUGUCCAGCUCAACAUCUUCACCGCUGUACUGAGCGCCCUCAAGGUGAGGCCUUCUAACAUAUACAAACUCCUGUUAAAGUUGCACAGGAAAAUCUCCUAAACACAAAAACCUUUCCAGUAGUGGCAGCUUACUCCUUUAAUGCAUAUGAGAUAGGAGCUCAUUGGACUGUCUGUAUUUGGCUGAUAUGUAUCAGGGCGAGAAACCCUCCUGCACUGUUUUGACUCCAAACCUGUUCCUGGAGAGAGACCCUCCUGGACGGUUUUGACUCCCACCCUGUUCCUGGAGAGAAACCCUCCUGCACUGUUUUGACUCCAAACCUGUUCCUGGAGAGAGACCCUCCUGGACGGUUUUGACUCCCACCCUGUUCCUGGAGAGAAACCCUCCUGGACGGUUUUGACUCCAACCCUGUUCCUGGAGAGAGACCCUCCUGGACGGUUUUGACUCCCACCCUGUUCCUGGAGAGAGACCCUCCUGGACGGUUUUGACUCCAAACCUGUUCCUGGAGAGAGACCCUCCUGGACGGUUUUGACUCCAAACCUGUUCCUGGAGAGAGACCCUCCUGGACGGUUUUGACUCCCACCCUGUUCCUGGAGAGCUACCGUCCAGGAGGGACCUGAUAUGUGUCCUGUCCUCUCCUCCCCAAUCAACCAAUGAACCAGCCAAUCUUCUCUCCUCCCUGUAGGGUCUGGCAGAGAACAAGUCUACCCUGGGUCCUGAAGAGGUCCGUAAGUCAGCCUUGGCUCUUGUGAUGGGUGCCCUGGACAACCCUAACCCCAUCCUGCGCUGUGCUGCUGGGGAGGCCUUGGGAAGGAUGGCUCAAGUAGUGGGGGAGGCCACAUUCAUCGCCCGCAUGGCCCAGUACAGCUUCGACAAGUACGACCUGUCUGUUGAUACUCAUCUCUAGCUAGCUUCAUGUGGCCCAGUGGCUUUCCUCUCUGAGAACGGUCUCUCUCUUGACCUGCUUGACCUCUUGUGGUAUUUCCUCUUAACCCCCAUAUUUGCACUGUUGUCUUUUUGCACACAAUAUCAUGUCACAAUAUCAUGUCACAAUAUCAUGUCACAAUAUCAUGUCACAAUAUCAACUCACAAUAUGUCACAAUAUCAACUCACAAUAUCAUGUCACAAUAUCAACUCACAAUAUCAUGUCACAAUAUCAACUCACAAUAUGUCACAAUAUCAACUCACAAUAUGUCACAAUAUCAACUCACAAUAUCAUGUCACAAUAUCAACUCACAAUAUCAUGUCACAAUAUCAUGUCACAAUAUCAACUCACAAUAUAUCACAAUAUCAACUCACAAUAUCAUGUCACAAUAUCAACUCACAAUAUAUCACAAUAUCAACUCACAAUAUCAUGUCACAAUAUCAACUCACAAUAUAUCACAAUAUCAACUCACAAUAUCAACUCACAAUAUAUCACAAUAUCAACUCACAAUAUCAUGUCACAAUAUCAACUCACAAUAUAUCACAAUAUCAACUCACAAUAUCAUGUCACAAUAUUAACUCACAAUAUAUCACAAUAUCAACUCACAAUAUCAUGUCACAAUAUCAACUCACAAUAUAUCACAAUAUUAACUCACAAUAUCAUGUCACAAUAUCAACUCACAAUAUAUCACAAUAUCAACUCACAAUAUCAUGUCACAAUAUCAUGUCACAAUAUCAACUCACAAUAUAUCACAAUAUCAACUCACAAUACCAUGUCACAUGGCCUCUUUAUCUUCCUCUGUCAUAUGCCUCAUGUCUAUUCAGAACCCAACCAUUAAGCUCUUAGGCAUCUGUGUUUACUAAGUAGUCCUCUCCUCUCCUCUCCUCUCCUCUCCUCUCCUCUCCUCUCCUCUCCUCUCCUCUCCUCUCCUCUCCUCUCCUCUCCUCUCCAGACUGAGGUCAGCCCGUGACGUGGUCUCCAGAACAGGUCACUCCCUGGCUCUGGGCUGUCUACACAGAUAUGUAGGAGGGAUUGGCUCAGGGCAGCACCUCAAAACCAGCGUCAGCAUCCUAUUGGCCCUAGCCCAGGAUGGAACCUCCCAUGAGGUCCAGGUGAGUGAACGGUGGACAGGUGAGGCUCUGUGAGUCUCAGGCUGCAUUCUGAUUCGCCACCCUUCUCCCGACGUGUGCACUUGCACACCCGCUAUAGUGCCUUUAAAAGCGUGAUACUGCUGUAUGCAUUGGCAGGAGGGGCUUUCCCUCUAGCAGAGAAUCUGGACAUAACCUUUCUUCAAAAAGCCAGCUCCUUCCCUAAUACUUGGCUUGGGGUUUGGAGAAGUCUAACGGGCCAGUUUCCCGGACACGGAUUAAGCUAAAAUCCUAGACUAAAAAGCAGUUUGUUGAUUCUCCAUUGAGUUUGCUUUUUAGUCCAACUCCUUAAUCUGUAUCUGGGAAACCGCCCCAAUGUUUAGUUUCUCCAUAUACGGUAUGCUUUAUAUACGGUGUGCUUUAUAUACGGUAUGCUUUAUAUACGGUAUGCUUUAUAUACGGUAUGCUUUAUAUACGGUAUGCUUUAUAUACGGUAUGCUCUUUAUACGGUAUGCUUUAUAUACGGUAUGCUUUAUAUACGGUGUGCUUUAUAUACGGUGUGCUUUAUAUACGGUGUGCUUUAUAUACGGUGUGCUUUAUAUACGGUAUGCUUUAUAUACGGUAUGCUUUAUAUACGGUAUGCUUUAUAUACGGUAUGCUUUAUAUACGGUAUGCUUUAUAUACGGUAUGCUUUAUAUACGGUAUGCUUUAUAUACGGUGUGCUCUAUAUACGGUAUGCUUUAUAUACGGUAUGCUUUAUAUACGGUAUGCUUUAUAUACGGUAUGCUUUAUAUACGGUAUGCUUUAUAUACGGUGUGCUCUAUAUACGGUAUGCUUUAUAUACGGUAUGCUUUAUAUACGGUAUGCUUUAUAUACGGUAUGCUCUAUAUACGGUAUGCUUUAUAUACGGUAUGCUCUAUAUACGGUAUGCUUUAUAUACGGUAUGCUCUAUAUACGGUAUGCUCUAUAUACGGUAUGCUUUAUAUACGGUAUGCUUUAUAUACGGUAUGCUCUAUAUACGGUAUGCUUUAUAUACGGUAUGCUUUAUAUACGGUAUGCUCUAUAUACGGUAUGCUUUAUAUACGGUAUGCUCUAUAUACGGUAUGCUUUAUAUACGGUAUGCUCUAUAUACGGUAUGCUCUAUAUACGGUAUGCUCUAUAUACGGUAUGCUUUAUAUACGGUAUGCUUUAUAUACGGUAUGCUCUAUAUACGGUAUGCUCUAUAUACGGUAUGCUCUAUAUACGGUAUGCUUUAUAUUUGUCCCUCCUCUCUGUCUCUACAGACGUGGGCGCUCCACUCCCUGGCUCUCAUCGUAGACUCCAGUGGUCCCAUGUACCGAGGCUAUGUGGAGCCCACCCUGUCCCUGGUUCUGACCCUGCUCCUAACUGUACCCCCCUCACACACUGAGGUACACCAGUGUCUGGGACGAUGUCUGGGAGCUCUCAUCACCACCGUCGGACCCGAGCUACAGGGUGAUGGUCAAAUGCAACUAGACUACCGUCUCUAGCUUUCAGGCUGGCUAAUAUUAUCUCUAAAAUGCAACUAGACUACCGUCUCUAGCUUUCAGGCUGGCUAGUAUUAUCUCUAAAAUGCAACUAGACUACCGUCUCUAGCUUUCAGGCUGGCUAGUAUUACCUCUAAAAGCAUUGAUAUGCCAGCAGAUGGCAGUGUACUGCUCCAACAUAUUUACAGACAAGUCAUGAAUGUGGUGUUUACAGAUGACAACUUUUACUUUGACUGCUAAUGAAUGCUGCUGAUCUCUCUUCCUCCUCCUCCCCCCCCCGUCCCUCCAGGUAACGGAGCGACCAUCUCGACUAUCCGCUCAUCAUGUCUGGUGGGCUGUGCCAUCAUGCAGGGCCACAGUGACUCUCUGGUGCAGGCGGCGGCCAUAUCCUGCCUCCAGCAGCUACACAUGUUUGCCCCACGCCAUGUGAACCUCUCCAGCCUGGUGCCCUGCCUCUGUGUGAGUGUGUGAGAGAGUGGGGGCGUAUACGAUGCAGGCUUAGGUUUGUGGGCGUGGCAGGGGGCGUGGCAGGGGGCGUGGCAAUGGCCGCGGUUGGCCCCGUCUGCGCAGCUGAAGUUUAGAAGCCUCGAUCUUGGCGGUGUAGAGACAAGUUAAGAGAAGUUUUUGAUUUUUACGACAAUUUCCUGCAAUUCUACAAAUCUCUAUGUAGCUGAGAGACAUUUUUCAGUUUUAAAGCAGAUUUCCUGCAAUUCUAUGCAUUUUGCCAUGGCUAAUGCUGUUUCUUUUGCUCAAACAUAACAAAAUCAAUACUGCUAAAUUCAUAGUUUAUUUUAUAUUCUCGCUGAUUGUCUAUCUUUUAUUUUGGUGAUUGUUAGUUCUCAAAGAUUAUGUUAUAAAAAAAUAUAUAGGUCAAUUAUCUUUUCUAAAUACUUUUACAUCCCAAAAAUGUAUUUCAAAAAAUUGUGACCCUAAAAAAUGCUUAGGCGGCCUGCCCAAGGAUUUUUAUGGCAGAAAACUCCCUGUGAUGAUUGACGCUUAAGUUGCAUUUUCCGUCUAUACAUUUCUAAGUUGUGGUGGGUUGACGUGUGUGUGUGUGUGUGUGUGUGUGUUGUGGUAGUUUAAAUCAAAUCAAAUUUUAUUUGCCACAUGCGCCGAAUACAACAGGUGUAGACAUUACAGUGAAAUGCUUACUUACAGCCCUUAACCAACAAUGCAUUUAUUUUUAAUAAAAAAGUAAAAUAAAACAACAACAACUAAAAAGUGUUGAGAAAAAAAGAGCAGAAGUAAAAUAAAAUAAAAUAACAGUCGGGAGGCUAUAUACAGGGGGGUACCGGUGCAGAGUCAGUGUGCGGGGGCACCGGCUAGUUGAGGUAAUAUGUACAUGUGACUAUGCAUAAAUAAUUAAGAGUAGCAGCAGUGUAAAAAGAUGGUGGGGGGGCAGUGCAAGUAGUCCGGGUAUCCAUGAUUAGCUGUUCAGGAGUCUUAUGGCUUGGGGGUAGAAGCUGUUGAGAAGACUUUUGGACCUAGACUUGGCGCUCCGGUACCGCUUGCCGUGCGGUAGCAGAGAGAACAGUCUAUGACUAGGGUGGCUGGAGUCUUUGACAAUUUUGAGGGCCUUCCUCUGACACCGCCUGGUAUAGAGGUCCAGGAUGGCAGGAAGCUUGACCCCAGUGAUGUACUGGGCCGUACGCACUACCCUUUGUAAUGCCUUGCAGUCGGAGGCCGAGCAGUUGCCAUACCAGGCGGUGAUGCAACCAGUCAGGAUGCUCUCGAUGGUGCAGCUGUAUAACUUUUUGAGGAUCUGAGGACCCAUGCCAAAUAUUUUCAGUCUCCUGAGGGGGAAUAGGCUUUGUCGUGCCCUCUUCACGACUGUCUUGGUGUGUUUGGACCAUGAUAGUUUGUUGGUGAUGUGGACACCAAGGAACUUGAAGCUCUCAACCUGUUCCACUACAGCCCCGUCGAUGAGAAUGGGGACGUGCUCAGUCCUCUUUUUUUUUUUCCCGUAGUCCACAAUCAUCUCCUUUGUCUUGGUCACGUUGAGGGAGAGGUUGUUAUCCUGGCACCACACGGCCAGGUCUCUGACCUCCUCCCUAUAGGCUGUCUCAUCGUUGUCGGUGAUCAGGCCUACCACUGUUGUGUUGUCGGCAAACUUAAUGAUGGUGUUGGAGUCGUGCCUGGCCAUGCAGUCGGGGGUGAACAGAGAGUACAGGAGGGGACUGAGCACACACCCCUGAGGGGCCCCCGUGUUGAGGAUCAGCGUGGCAGAUGUGUUGUUACCUACCCUUACCACCUUGGGGCGGCCCGUCAGGAAGUCCAGGAUCCAUUUGCAGAGGGAGGUGUUUAGUCCCAGGAUCCUUAGCUUAGUGAUGAGCUUUGAGGGCACUAUGGUGUUGAACGCUGAGCUGUAGUCAAUGAAUAGCAUUCUCACGUAGGUGUUCCUCUUGUCCAGGUGGGAAAGGGCAGUGUGGAGUGCAAUAGAGAUUGCAUCAUCUGUGGAUCUGUUGAGGCGGUAUGCAAAUUGGAGUGGGUCUAGGGUUUCUGGGAUAAUGGUGUUGAUGUGAGCCAUGACCAGCCUUUCAAAGCACUUCAUGGCUACAGACGUCAGUGCUAUGGGUCGGUAGUCAUUUAGGCAGGUUAUCUUAGUGUCCUUGGGCACGGGGACUAUGGUGGUCUGCUUGAAACAUGUUGGUAUUACAGACUCAGUCAGGGACAUGUUCAAAAUGUCAGUGAAGACACUUGCCAGUUGGUCAGCACAUGCUCGGAGUACACGUCCUGGUAAUCUGUCUGGCCCUGCGGCCUUGUGAAUGUUGACCUGCUUAAAAGUCUUACUCACAUCGGCUACGGAAAGCGUGAUCACAUAGUCAUCCGGAACAGCUGGUGCUCUCAUGCAUGCUUCAGUGUUGCUUGCCUCGAAGCGAGCAUAGAAGUGGUUUAGCUCGUCUGGUAGUCUUGUCACUGGGCAGCUCGCGGCUGUGCUUCCCUUUGUAGUCUGUAAUAGUUUUCAAGCCCUGCCACAUCCAACGAGCGUCAGAGCCGGUGUAGUACGAUUCAAUCUUAGUCCUGUAUUGACUCUUUGCCUGUUUGAUGGUUCGUCGGAGGGCAUAGCAGGAUUUCUUAUAAGCGUCCGGGUUAGAGUCCCGAUCCUUGAAAGCGGCAGCUCUACCCUUUAGCUCAGUGCGGAUGUUGCCUGUAAUCCAUGGCUUCUGGUUGGGGUAUGUACGUACGGUCACUGUGGGGACGACAUCAUCGAUGCACUUAUUGAUGAAGCCAGUGACUGAUGUGGUGUACUCCUCAAUGCCAUCGGAAGAAUCCCGGAACAUAGUCCAGUCUGUGCUAGCAAAACAGUCCUGUAGCUUAGCAUCUGCUUCAUCUGAUCACUUAUUAUUUAUUUUUUAUCUGUGUGUGUGUGUUGUGGUAGUUGACCUGUGUGUGUGUGUUGUGGUUGUUGACCUGUGUGUGUUAUGGUAGUUGACCUGUGUGUGUUGUGGUAGUUGACCUGUGUGUGUGUUGUGGUAGGAACUGGGUGUGUGUGGUGUUGACUUGGUGUGUGUGUGGAGUUGACUGGUGUGGGUUGGUGGUAGUGACUGGUGUUAUGGGGAGUGACGUGGGGUUGUGGUAGUUGGACUGUGGGUGUGUGGUGGUAGUGGACAGUUUGUGUGUUGUGGAGUUGACAUGUGUGUGUGUGUGGGAGUUGACUGUGGUGGGAUGUGUGUGAGGUAGUUGACGCGUGUGGUGUUGGUGGUAGUGACGUGGGGGUGUUGUGGUAGGUACCUGUGGGGGGGUUGUGGUAGUUGAUCUGGUGUGUGUGUUGUGGAGUUGACGGGGGGUGUGUUGUGGUAGUUUGAGUGUGUGUGUUGUGGUAGUUGAACGUGUGGUGUGUGUUGUGGUAGUUGACGGUGUGUGUGUGUGUUGGGUAGUUGACCUGUGUGUGUGUGUUGUGGUAGUUGACCUGUGUGUGUUGUGGUAGUUGACCUGUGUGUGUUGUGGUAGUUGACCUUGGUGUGUGUGUUGUGGUAGUUGACCUGUGUGUGUGUGUGUGUUGUGGUAGUUGACCUGUGUGUGUGUUGAGGUUGUUGACCUGUGUGUGUGUUGUGGUUGUUGACCUGUUUGUGUGUUGUGGUAGUUGACCUGUGUGGGUUCCUUCCUCAGGUACACCUGUGUAGCUCUCACCUGUUGCUGCGGCGUGCGGCGGUGGCCUGUCUGAGACAGCUGGCCCAGAGAGAGGCUGCAGAGGUCUGUGAGUACGCCAUGAGUCUGGCCCGAAACAAGGACAGCAAGGACUCAACCACCGUCAGUAAGUAGUAGACCCUAACACUAGACCUAGACCAGGGAUGGCCCUAACACUAGACCUAGACUAGGGAUGGCCCUAACACUAGACCUAGACCAGGGAUGGCCCUAACACUAGACCUAGACCAGGGAUGGCCCUAACACUAGACCAGGGAUGGCCUACAACACUAGACCUAGACCAGGGAUGGCCCUAACACUAGACCUAGACCAGGGAUGGCCCUAACACUAGACCUAGACCAGGGAUGGCCCUAACACUAGACCUAGACCAGGGAUGGCCCUAACACUAGACCUAGACCAGGGAUGGCCCUAACACUAGACCUAGACCAGGGAUGGCCCUAACACUAGACCUAGACCAGGGAUGGCCCUAACACUAGACCUAGACCAGGGAUGGCCCUAACACUAGACCUAGACCAGGGAUGGCCCUAACACUAGACCAGGGAUGGCCCUAACACUAGACUAGACCAGGGAUGGCCCUAACACUAGACCAGGGAUGGCCCUAACACUAGACCUAGACCAGGGAUGGCCCUAACACUAGACCUAGACCAGGGAUGGCCCUAACACUAGACCUAGACCAGGGAUGGCCCCUAACACUAGACCAGACCAGGGAUGGCCUAACACUAGACCAGGGAUGGCCCUAACACUAGACCAGGGAUGGCCCUAACACUAGACCAGGGAUGGCCCUAACACUAGACCAGGGAUGGCCCUAACACUAGACCUAGACCAGGGAUGGCCCUAACACUAGACCAGGGAUGGCCCUAACACUAGACCAGGGAUGGCCCUAACACUAGACAGGGAUGGCCCCCUAACACUAGACCUAGACCAGGGAUGGCCCUAACACCUAGACCAGGGAUGGCCCUAACACUAGCCCGAGACCAGGGAUGGCCCUAACACUAGAACUAGACCAGGGCUGGCCCUAACACUAGACCUAGCAACAAGGGAUGGCCCUAAACACUAGACAGAACAGGGAUGGCCCUAAACACUAGACUAGACCAGGGAUGGCCCUAACAACGAGAACUAGACCAGGGAUGGCCCUCCUAACACUAGACCCUAGACCAGGGGAUGGCCCUAACAAUAGACCUAGGACCAGGGAUGGCCCUAACAUAGACCUAGACAGGGAUGGCCCAACACUAGACAAGGAUGGCCCUAACACUAGACCAGGGAUGGCCCUAACACUAGACCAUAGACCAGGGAUGGCCCUAACACAGACCAGGGAUGGCCCUCCUACCACUAGGACCUAGACCAGGGCUGGCCCUAACACUAGACUAGACCAGGGAGGCCCUUAAAAUAGGACCAGGGAUGGCCCCUAACAAUAGGACCUUAGACCAGGGAUGAGCCCUCCCAACACUAGACCUAGACCAGGGGAUGGCCCAACCUUUAACACUAUAGACCAGGGAUGGCCCUAACACUAGACCAGGGAUGCCCCCCUCCUAACACUAGAACAGGAUGGCCUACAAUAGUAUAGACCUAGGACCAGGGAUGGCCCUAACACUAGACAGGGAGGCCCUCAUAACACAGACCUAGAGCCAGGGAUGUGGCCAUCCUCCUAACAAUAGACCAGGAGGGUAUGGCCCUAACCUCCUCCUAACCACUAUAGACCAGGGAUGGCCCUAAUCCCCCUAACAAUAGACCUAGACCAGGGAAGGGAUGGACCUCCUAAACACUAGGACCUGAGGACCAGGGUAGAUGGCCCUUCCUCCAAACUAGAACCAGGGGGGAUUUGGGCACUAACACCUAGACACAGGGGGAUGGCCCUAACACCGAGACUAGAUAGAAAGCGGAUGUGGAGAAAGAAGCGAUAAUAUGGUACAGGGGGUUCCAUAUAGGGACUAGUCUUAUAGGGGGGAUGUGAAGAAGAGGUGCGGGGGACAGACGGAAUGGAGGAAGGAAAAGAAAGGGGAGGAAAGGUGAAAAGGGUGAAAACGAGAGAGAGAGGGAGAGGAGAGAGAAAGAGAGAGAGAGAGAGGGAAGAGAGAGAGAGAGAGAGAGCGAGACGAGGAGAGAGAAAGCGAUCUUGCUAGGAAAGGAGAGAGAGAGAGAGAGCGAGGCAGAGAGAGAGAGAGAGGAGAGAGAGAGAGCGAGAGAGAGAGAGAGAGAGGCGCAGCGCAGAGAGAGAGAGAGAGAGAGAAGAGAGAGAGAGAGAUGAGAAGGAAGACGAAAGAAGAGAGGAGAGGGAGAAGAGAGAGAAAGAAGAGAAGAGAGAGAGAGAGAGAGAGCGAGAGGCAGGAGAGAGAGAGAGAGAGGAGAGAGAGAGAAAGAGAGGGAGAGAGAGAGAGAGAGCGAGAGAAGAGAAGAAUCACGGGCAGAGAGAAAAGGAACGAGAGAGAGAGAGAGAGACAGUGGGAAAAGGGGAAGAGAGAAGGGAGAGAGAGAGAAAGAGAGAGAGAGAGAGAACGAGAGAGAGAGGGAGCGAGCAUAAGAAAGAGAGGAUGAAGAGAGUAGAGAGAGCAAGACGCAGAGAGAGAGAGAGGUGAGCAGAUAGAGGGAUGAUGAGAGAGAGAAAAGGAGAGAGGGAGAGCAUGAUGAGAGGAGGGAGAGAGAGUGAAAGUCAGAGGAGCAGUAAGAAGAGAAGAGGGGAGAGAGCGAGGGGAGAGUAGAGAGAGAGAGAGAGAGAGAGAGAGAGAGAGAGAGAGGGAGAGGAGGAAAGAGAGAGAGAGGAAGGGGAAAAGGAAGAGAGAGACGGGAGGGAGGGGGAAAGGGGGAAAGGCGGCGGAGGGGGCACGGGGGGGAGGGGGGGCGGGGGGGGGGGGGGGGGCGGGGGGGGGGCGCGGGAGGAGGAGAGGGGGGGGGGGGGAGGAAAAAAGGGCCGGGGGGGGGGGAAAGGAGGGGGGAAAGGGGAGGGGGGAGGAAAAAGGGGGGGGGGGGGAAAGGGGGAGAGGAGAAAGGGGGGGGGAAAAACCCAAAGGGGGAGAAAAAGGGGGGGGGGGGGGAAAAGGAGAAAGGGGGGGGGGGAGGGGGGGGGGGGGGAGGGGAAAGGAAAGGAAAGAGAGAGAAGGGGGAAAGAAAAAAAGAAGAAAAGGAAAAAAGAGGGAAAGGGGGGAAAAGGGAAAUGAAAAAAGAGAAAAGGGAAAGGGGGGAAAAAGGGGGAAGGAAAAAGGGAAGAAAGGGAAGAAGAGGGAAGAGAGAAAAAAAAAGGGGGGGGAAAAGGGAAAGAGGCCCAAAAAAAAAAAAAAAAAGGAGGGAAAGAAAGGAAGAAAAAGGGGAAAGGGGGGGAGGGGAAGAGAGGCAAAAGAGGAAGGGGGAAAAAAAAGAGAAAGAGAGAAAGGGGGGAGGGGGGAGAGGGAGAGGGGAAAAAGGGGGGGGGCCCCCCCGGGGGAAGGGGAAGCCCCGGGGCAAGGGGGGAAAAACCCCCCCCCGGGGGAAAAAGAGGGGGGGAAAGAAAAGGGAAAGAAGAGGGCAGAGGGGGAAGAAAAGGGAAGGGAACAAAGGAAAAAAAAAAGGAAAAGAAAAGAAAAAAAAGGGAAGGAAAAAGAAAAAGAAAAAAGGGAAGGGGAAAAAAAAAAGGGGGGAAAAAAGACCCAAAAAACAAAUUGCCGGGAAAAAAGGAAAACCUUUUCCACAAAAAACCCCCCCUUUUAAAGGGGAAGGGCCCCCAAAAAAACCCCCCCAAAAAACCUAGAAAAACCCCAAAAUUUUUUUUCCCCCCCCUUUUCCCCCCCAAAUUUUUUUUCCCCCUCUCCUCUCUCCAUCCCUCUUUCCCCCCUCUCCACUCCCUCUCUCUCCUCAGAUUUGAACAUAACAGAGACAGGUUUGGAGGGGGUUCUGUUUGGAAUGCUGGACCGGGAGACUGACAGGAAGCUUUGUCACGACAUCCAUGACACUCUGGGCCACAUGCUCUCCUCGCUCGCCGUGGACAAGCUCUCUCAUUGGUUGAAGCUCUGCAAGGACGUCCUGGCUGCCACCACAGGUCACAGUCUGUGAAACUUGAAUUAACUUAGUGUUUGGUGACGGGUGUAAAUAAACAUGUCUUUGAUAUAUAAGUUAUGCUCAGCUAAGUCACGACUAGGACUUGAUGUGGAAUGAUCUGUUGAUAUAUUUCCUUUGGCUGUUGGGCCAUCUGUGUGAUAUAUAUAUAUAAUUAGGCCACUAGCCAUAUGGGGCUUAGUAUUGUCUUGUUGAAUAAUGCUGUAUUUUUCUUCUAAUCAAAAAGCAAUGUUUUGAAAUGGCCAUUCUCCCUCCUUGUCUUAAAGGCCCAGUGCAGUCAAAACGUGAUUUUCCUGUGUUUUAUAUUUCCACACUAUGAGGGAAUAAUACUGUGAAAUGGUAUAAAUGAUGAUAAUUCCCUUUUAGUGUAAGAGCCUUUUGAAAAGACCGACUGAAAUGUCAGCCUGUUUCGGUGGGAUGGAGUUUCUGCCUUCCUGGUGACAUCACCAGUAAAUGAGUUAAUAGACCAAUAAGAAAGAGUUCCAAACCUCUCUGCCAAUAACAGCUAGUUUUCCCCUCCCAACUCAAACCACUACCAGACUUGCUUGAGAAAUUGCUCUUUGCUAAGAAGCUAUUUGUGCUUAUUUUUGACCAUUUUAAUAUUAAACAAUCACAGUAAGGUAAGGUACUUAGAUGUUACCCAGAAAUGAUUUGAUAUUGAGACAAAAACAGCUGCAUUGGGCCUUUAAUGUGUGGUGUAUGCCUGUAUUUCGGUAUGGGGACAGUUAAGUAUUCAUUCAUUCCUGUCCAGAGGCUGGAGGUGGGGUGGUGGCACCGGUAGAUCUGGGUAAAGAGGAGGACGACUCGGAGAAGCAGGAUGAGAUCGAUGAUGACAUCAUGUUUACGGCGCUGGGAGAGGAUCAUAACGGCAAGCCGUCCGUGGCGCCGCGCUGGGUGACCCGUGUCUUCGCCGCAGACUGUCUGUGUCGCAUCAUACUGCUGUGUGAGAACGCAGACAAGACCCACUUUGACCUGGCCGCCGCCCGCUCUGCUAAGGCCAAGAACCCUAAAGGUACGCACGCACACACACACACACACACACACACACACACACACACACACCACACACACACACACACACACACAAAGACAAGACCCACUUUGACCAGGCUGAAGCCCACUCUGCAUGUUGUGGUAUUGAAGAAGCCGUUUUGGUCUGCCUAGCUGUGGCGGUCUACUCCACCAGAUAGAGAGCAGCGGUACUGAUGAGGGAGAACCAAGGAGAACCGAGGAGAGCAGAGGGGGACAUCAUUAUAAUUCUCCCUGACAGAGAGAAAAGGGUUUAGUGUUUUAGUGUUUUACUGCUCCUAAACCAGAAUCAUUUAACAGUCAGAGAGACUGUCAGGAAACUAGCACCCCCGAGCUAAAGGAACAACCAAUCAGGAAUUACCCCAUGUUUAGACCUACAGUAACAACCAAUCAGGAGUUAUCCAAUGUUUGGAGCUACAGUAACAACCAAUCAGGAGUUACCCAUUUUUACAUCUUACAUUUUAGUCAUUUAGCAGACGCUCUUAUCCAGAGCGACUUACAGUUAGUGAGUGCAUACAUUUUCAUACCCCAUGUUUGGAACUACAGAUUUUGUGCCCAAAUGUGUUUCCAUCCCUGUUAGUGAGCAUUUCUCCUUUGCCAAAUAAUCCAUCCACCUGACAGGUGUGGCAUAUCAAGAAGCUGAUUAAACAGCAUGAUCAUUACACAGGUGCACCUUGUGCUGGGGACAACAAAAGGCCACUCUAAAAUGUGCAGUUUUGUCACACAACGCAAUGCCACAGAUGUCUCAAGUUUUGGCGUGCUGACUGCAGGAAUGUCCACCAGAGCUGUUGCCAGAUAAUUGAACGUUCAUAGGAUGCCACCUUUCCAACAAGUCAGUUCGUGAAAUCUCUGCCCUGCUAGAGCUUCCCCGGUCAACUGUAAGUGCUGUUAUUGUGAAGUGGAAGCAUCUAGGAACAACAACAGUUCAGCCGCGAAGUGAUAGGCCACACAAGGUCACAGAACCAGACUGCCGAGUGCUGAACCGUGUAGCGCGUAAAAAUCAUCUGUCGUCAGUUGCAACACUCACUACUGAGUUCCAAACUGCUUCUGGAAGCAGCUGUUCAUCAGGAGCUUCAUGAAAUGGGUUUCCAUGGCCGAGCAGCCGCACACAAGCUUAAGAUCAGCAUGCUCAAUGCCAAGCGUCGGCUGGAGUGGUGUAAAGCUCACCGCCAUUGGACUCUGGAGCAGUGGAAACGCGUUCUCUGGAGUGAUGAGUCACGCUUCACCAUCUGGCAGUCCGACGGACGAUUCUGGGUUUGGCGGACGCCAGGAGAACACUACCUGCCCCAAAUGCAUAGUGCCAACUGUAAAGUUUGGUGGAGGAGGAAUAAUGGUCUGGGGCAGUUUUGUAUGGUUCGGCCUAGGCCAUUUAGUUCCAGUGAAGGGAAAUCUUAACGCUACAGCAUACAAUGACAUUCUAGAUAAAAUAAAUAAUAAUAUACCAUUUAGCAGACGCUUUUAUCCAAAGCGACUUACAGUCAUGCGUGCAUACAUUUUUACGUAUGGGUGGUCCCGGGGAUCGAACCCACUACCCUGGCGUUACAAGCGCCGCGCUCUACCAGCUGAGCUACAGAGGACCACCAUGGUUCUGUGCUUCCAACUUUGUGGCAACAGUUUGGGGAAAGCCCUUUCCUGUUUCAGCAUGACAAUGUCCCCAUGCACAAAGUGACGUCCAUACAGAAAUGGUUUGUCAACAUCAGUGUGGAAGAACUUGACUGGCCUGCACAGAGCCCUGACCUCAACCCCAUUGAACACUUUUGGGAUGAAUUGGAACGCCGACUGCGAGCCAGGCCUAAUCGCCCAACAUCAGUGCCCGACUUCACUAAUGCUCUUGUGGCUUAAUGGAAGCAAGUCCCUUCAGCAAUGUUCCAACAUCUAGUGGAAAGCCUUCCCAGAAGAGUGGAGGCUGUUAUAGCAGCAAAGGGGGGACCAACUCCAUAUUAAUGCCCAUGAUUUUGGAAUGAGAUGUUCGAGGAGCAGGUGUCCACAUACUUUUGGUCAUGUAGUGUAUAGUGAAUUAGUGAAUUAUUUAAAAAGGCAUAAAACGUAUUUGGUUGUAAUGUUUUACAUCAAGGGUAGUCAACCAUCCUCCAGGAGAGCUAAUGGGUGUGCAGGCUUUUAUUCCAGCCCCCCCUCUAACAAACCACAUUUUAGAAAUGAGUUGCUCAACCGGACCUUGAUAAAACUCUGAUGUGUUUGAGCAGGGCUUGAUCAAAAGCCUGCAUACCCAGUAUCUCUCCAGACUGACCACGUGGUGUUUUGGACAGCUGCCUAACAGGUAUUCUACUUUACCAGGGUGGGGUGGUUGAGUGCCUUGCUCAACAACAGGAGAUGGUACAUGGUAUCGGGGAGCAGCCUCCCAGUGUUGAUGCCACAUUACACUUUCUUUUUUUAUACGUACAGAGACGCCGCGAAUGAUUGGUCAUGGAAAUUUGGUUAAAAGUCAUUAAGAAGUCAUGGAAAAGUCAUGAAAUUCUAUUGAAAAUAUGUAUGAGCACUGAUCCAUCCCUCCCUCCAUGUGAUCUGUUCCAUCCAUCCAUCCCUCCCUCCCUCCAUCCAGGUGAUCUGUUGGUCCUCCACCUCUCUGACCUGAUACGCAUGGCCUUCAUGGCGGCUACAGACAACAGUAACCAGUUGAGGAUGGCUGGUCUUCAGGCCCUGGAAGACAUUAUCAAGAAGUUUGCCUCUGUUCCGGAGCCAGAGUUCCCGGGUCACGUGAUCCUGGAGCAGUACCAGGCUAAUGUGAGUCUAUCGACACAGACCAUCAGUGAAGAGAUGUCCUCAAGGUAAUCUAUGUAUUGUAUUUAUAUUUAACUCUGGAAACCUUAUUCUUAUGUUCCUCAGGUUGGCGCUGCUCUUAGACCAGCGUUCUCCCCAGAUACACCUUCUGACAUCACAGCUAAGGCGUGCCAGGUGAGAGUCCUGUAGUCUCCACAUAAUAUAAUAAUAAUAUGCCAUUUAGCAGACGCUUUUAUCCAAAGCGACUUACAGUCAUGUGUGCAUACAUUUGUACGUAUGGGUGGGUCCCGGGGGAUCGAACCCACUACCCUGGCGUUACAAGCGCCGUGCUCUACCAAUUGAGCUACAGAGGACCACAUGACCACGAAUAGCCUACACACUUUGGAAAUCUUACUCACCGAAGUUCUACAUUUUACAUUUUAGUCAUUUUAGCAGACGUUCUUAUCCAGAGCGACUUACAGGAGCAAUUAGGGUUAAGUGCCUCGCUCAAGGGUACAUCGACAGAUUUUUCACCUAGUCGGCUCGGGGGAUUAGAACCAGCGACCUUUCGGUUACUGGCACAACGCUCUUAACCACUAAGCUACCUGCCGCCCCAAUAAUAACAUAAUUGUGAGAGCUCGGUGAGUAGGUUUUAGGGGUGUGAAGGUUGAAAUGUUUAAAUGAAAUUGGGAUUGUUAACAUUAACAAAAAAUCCCUAACCUAAAAACGAUUUAUUUUUUCCACACCCAAAAAAAUCACAGUGCAGUUUUCCCAAAACAGUCCCCGGUCAUCAUCAUGAAGGUAAAAAUAAAAAAUAAACAAAUGUCUAACGCAACAAUGUGGCAACGUUAGUAGGAGAAGAGUGGGCGGCAGGUAGCUUAGUGGGUAAGAGCGUUGUGCCAGUAAUUGAAAGGUCGCUGGUUCUAAUCCCCGAGCCGACUAGGUGAAAAAUCUGUCGAUGUUCCCCUAGAGCGUCUGCAAAAUGUAAAAUGUAAGCAUAGCAGUAUAUAUGAUACAAUGAUCUCUCUCUCUCCUUGGGAAACGCGAUGUCAUCUGCAUUGUGAAUUCACAUGGAAUUUAAUGCAUUUUUCUUAUUGUUUUAACGGAAAACCGAUUUAAAAAUAAAAUAAAAAAUUUAAUGGCAGUUUAAACUAUUUUUUUCCAUUUGUGUCGGACGGGCUCGAUUCGGUCUUAUGUAGCAAUAUUUUAAAUUGUGUUUUUUACAUUGGAUAAAAGUAGAGACUCAGAGAUACAAAAUGGUAUGUCAUACACUAUAGUUGAGGAACAAUUGGAAAGUAAUUCUGCUUUUGAAAGUUGAUAAACUUGUAACCUCACUUUUGAGUAAAUGGCCCUUGAAUGUUUUGGUACCUACUGGAGAGCUCUUCUUUGUCUACGUCCAUUCAGCAUAGUUCACACCCUCUUAAGCUUUAGCCCCACCCAUCUCUUUAAGGAUUCACAUGUGAGGCCAUGUACUAAACAACCUAAGAUCUCAAGACUAAAGGCUGGUUUAUACUACGGGUGUGUUCGUGAAUUUAAUCUGAAGUGCCAGAGUGCGCUCUGGGCGUUUGUAAACUCAGAGCGUUGUCAGAUUGUCCGUUCUGAAAUUCAGAGCGUUUCGCUCUCGGAGCGUUCAGAGCGCACACUGGACGUUCUGGCCGAGGAGGUGGUGACUGCAACUGUGCUGCUGGCAACUACUUAAUUACGCUUUUUCGCCAACGUUUACUGACACCGGCCAUAUUCAACGGGUGUUGAGCGUUCGUCAAUUUGUCAGUUAUUCUGCGCUCUGGUACACUCAGACGAGAGUGUUCUGAAAUCGGAGUAGAUAACCAGAGCGAAUUUACCAGCUACGUCUAUCAACAGUUGUCAACAUUGAAAUGGUUACUUGCAUAGUGGAGUCUUGUUAAGACAUGUAGCUAGCUAGCUAAACAAUGAACCAUAAUCCCAACUCAUUAUGUUACUACCCUGCAUGAAUCUGCAGGUAGCUAACCAACCAGGUUCAGUGUUAGCUAGCUAACAUUAGGCUAUAACUAGCAAUGCAAAUGGCUCUGAGAUACUAAUAAUAUUACCACACAGAUCAUACACGUAACGUUAGCUAGCGAGCCAGCCAGCUAACGUUAGCUAGCUAGCUAACAGUACACUUUAACUUAAAAUGAAAAUGACUUGCUGACAAAAUUAGAAACGUAUAAUAUCUAGCUAGACUCUCUUACCCGUAUACAUGGAUGGACGCUUCUCCCUCUCUGUCACGGAUGCCAUGGUUGCCCUUAGUUUGAAGAUGUAAUCCAGAGACAGGUGUUUUAUACAACAGCCUUCUGUGUGUUCUCUUUUUGACUCCCUCUGCAUAUUUGCAAUCAAACGGCAGAAUUUUCUCCGUCUCCUUAGCUAUCAUACUCUAAUUCCACUGAUUUCAAAAAGAAAAUAUAUUCCAAAAAAGCGCGUUAGAAAGGAUUACCUACACAUACUGACCAGCUCAUGUUAUAGACAGAAGCAUGCUACAUGGCAGACCAAUCCGAACUCCUCUCUCGGCAUGUCCAGCCCACUCAUUAUCUCAGCCAAUCAUGGCUAGCGGGAAGGUUGCUGUCUUUUUCUGUGGCUAAACCAAUUUGGCUUGUAAUUUAACAAUUGUAUUCAUAUUUACAGAUGGCAUACAAGUUUGUUAUUAAGGCACAUGAAAGUCCUUCAAAUGGCUCUCCUGUGAAAUAGUGACCCGCGACAUACGCCUAGUUUCUUGAAACGAUUCACAUUUGUCACAUCCCUACUAGGAUUUGCAAUGGGCCAGUCAUCACACAUGACCACUCGGACCAGAUCAGCAUAUGCCCCCCCCCCCCUGGUUCCAAGCAUUGAUUUUAGAUCACAUAGCUCCGUUCUACUCAGUAGGUAACGAUGUGUCCUACAUGGUCGCUGUAUGCAGUGAGGCUGCUGUAGUGUAUCGGAUGCAGCAGACUCAGUCUCAGCUAAUCCCCAGUACUGCAGAGCUCUGAGUCAUCAUGUCUCUGUGUGUAGUGGAGGUUUAGAGACCUGUGUACCAGUGUAUGGAUAGACAGAUAGACAGAUAGACGGACGGACGGACAGACAGAAACUUCUGCUUUCUAACUGAUGUGGAGGCCGAGGCAGUAAGCCUACCUGUCAGAUACACUGUUGACACUCCUCACACGGAGGGCUCUUUAUGUCUCACUCUGACAAUCACAAUAUCUCUAUCUAUUACUCUCUCUCUCUCUCUCUCUCUCUCUCUCUCUCUCUCUCUCUCCCUGUCUCUCUCUAUCUCUCUCUCUCUCUCUCUCUCUCUCUCUCUCUGUCUCUCUCUCUCUCUCUCUCUCUCUCUCUCUCUCUCUCUCUCUCUCUCUCUCUCUCGCUCUCUCUCUCGCUCUCUCUCUGCUUCGUCCCUGCUCUCUCUCUCUCUUUGCUUCGUUCCUGUCUCUCGCUCUCUCUCUCUCUCUCUCUCUGCUUCGUCCCUGCUCUCUCUCUCUCUCUGCUUCGUCCCUGUCUCUCUCUCUCUGCUUCGUCCCUGUCUCUCUCUCUGCUUCGUCCCUGUCUCUCUCUCUCUGCUUCGUCCCUGUCUCUCUCUCUCUGCUUCGUCCCUGUCUCUCUCUCUCUCUCUUUGCUUCGUCCCUGUCUCUCUCUCUCUCUUUGCUUCGUCCCUGUCUCUCUCUCUCUCUCUGCUUCGUCCCUGUCUCUCUCUCUCUCUGCUUCGUCCCUGUCUCUCUCUCUGCUUCGUCCCUGUAUCUCUCUCUCUCUGCUUCGUCCCUGUCUCUCUCUCUCUUUGCUUCGUCCCUGUCUCUCUCUCUCUCUCUGCUUCGUCCCUGUCUCUCUCUCUCUCUCUGCUUCGUCCCUGUCUCUCUCUCUCUUUGCUUCGUCCCUGUCUCUCUCUCUCUCUCUCUCUCGCUCUCUCUCUCUCUCUGCUUCGUCCCUGUCUCUCUCCCUCUCUCUCUCUCUCUCUCUCUGCUUCGUCCCUGUCUCUCUCUCUCUCUGCUUCGUCCCUGUCUCUCUCUCUCUUUGCUUCGUCCCUGUCUCUCUCUCUCUUUGCUUCGUCCCUGUCUCUCUCUCUCUCUGCUUCGUCCCUGUCUCUCUCUCUCUCUUUGCUUCGUCCCUGUCUCUCUCUCUCUUUGCUUCGUCCCUGUCUCUCUCUCUCUCUUUGCUUCGUCCCUGUCUCUCUCCCUCUCUCUGCUUCGUCCCUGUCUCUCUCUCUCUCUCUCUCUGCUUCAUCCCUGUCUCUCUCUCUCUCUCUCUACUUCGUCCCUGUCUCUCUCUCUCUCUCUAUGCUUCGUCCCUGUCUCUCUCUCUCUCUUUGCUUCGUCCCUGUCUCUCUCUCUCUCUCUGCUUCGUCCCUGUCUCUCUCUCUCUUUGCUUUGUCCCUGUCUCUCUCUCUCUCUCUGCUUCGUCCCUGUCUCUCUCUCUCUCUCUGCUUCGUCCCUGUCUCUCUCUCUCUCUCUCUGCUUCGUCCCUGUCUCUCUAUCUCUCUGCUUCGUCCCUGUCUCUCUAUCUCUCUGCUUCGUCCCUGUCUCUCUCUCUCUCUCUCUCUGCUUCGUCCCUGUCUCUCUCUCUCUCUCUGCUUCGUCCGUCUCUCUCUCUCUGCUUCGUCCCUGUCUCUCUCUCUCUCUCUCUCUCUGCUUCGUCCCUGUCUCUCUCUCUCUCUUUGCUUCGUCCCUGUCUCUCUCUCUCUUUGCUUCGUCCCUGUCUCUCUCUCUUUGGCUCUCUCUCAUGAUAUCUUUUCCUCUCUCUUUUCCUCGUCUCUCUCUCGCUCUCUGCAUUUUCCCUUUUUUCUAUUUUGUUCUUCUCAGGAACAAACUGAUCCCUGUUGUCUUCUACCAGCCAAUAGUUUCUCUCCAAUUCCCUUCUUGUCUGUGUGUCCUUCCAUCUGUCCUCUAGGUGUGCAGUACGUGGAUCGGUAGUGGGGUGGUCAGUGACCUGAACGACCUUCGUCGCGUCCACAACCUCCUGGUGUCCUCGCUGGACAAGGUGCAGGCUGGGAAGGGUUCCUCUAGUCAGCUGUACAGUGAGAGUGCUACCACCAUGGAGAAGCUGGCUGUACUGAAGGCCUGGGCUGAGGUGAGAUGGCUUGAAUAUGUUGGAAAUAUACCGGUCAGUUUCACCACAGUAUUAAAACACUGAUAACAUUAUAUUUAUUGUAGUGUUCUAUUUCAUUCCUUGCUCCUCACUUUGAGGUCUAUAUCUCUCAGAAGGGUUGUAACGGUUCCUCGGUUCGGUCCAAACUGUGAACCCGAAGGGUUGUAACGGUGCCUCGGUUCGGUCCAAACUGUGAACCCGAAGGGUUGUAACGGUUCCUCGGUUCGGUCCAAACUGUGAACCCGAAGGGUUGUAACGGUUCCUCGGUUCGGUCCAAACUGUGAACCCGAAGAGUUGUAACGGUUCCUCGGUUCGGUCCGCACUGUGAACCCGAAGGGUUGUAACGGUACCGUUCGUUACGGGGACCUCGGUUCGGUCCGCACUGUGAACCCAAAUGAAUACAUAACAAAAAUAUAUACAAAAUCAAAACACUAGGCCUAUAGACUAGACUGUGAUGUAGACCUGUAACACUAUAGACUAGGCUGUAGACCUGUAACACUAUAGACUAGGCUGUAGACCUGUAACACUAUAGACUAGGCUGUAGACCUGUAACACUAUAGACUAGGCUGUAGACCUGUAACACUAUAGACUAGGCUGUAGACCUGUACACUAUAGACUAGGCUGUAGACCUGUAACACUAUAGACUAGGCUGUAGACCUGUAACACUAUAGACUAGGCUGUAGACCUUGUAACACUAUAGACUAGGCUGUAGACCUGUAACACUAAUAGCGCUUAGUGCUGUAGACCUGUAACACUAUAGACUAGGCUGUAGACCUGUAACACUAUAGACUAGGCUGGUAGACCUGUACACUAUAGACUAGGCUGUAGACCUGUAAACCUAUAGACUAUGCUGUAGACCUGUAACACUAUGACUAGGACUGUAGACCUGUAACACUAUAGACAGGCUGUAGACCUGUAACACUAUAGACUAGGCUGUAGACCUGUAACACUAUAGACUAGGCUGUAGACCUGUAACAACUAUAGACUAGGGCUGUAGACCUUAACCUAUAGACUAGGCUGUAGACCUGUAACACUAUAGACUAGGCUGUAGACCUGUAACACUAUAGACUAGGCUGUAUACCUUUAACACUAUAGACUAGGCUGUAACCUGUAACACUAUAGACUAGGCUGUAGACCUGUAACACUAUAGACUAGGCUGUAGACCUGUAACACUAUAGACUAGGCUGUAGACCUGUAACACUAUAGACUAGGCUGUAGACCUGUAACACUAUAGACUAGGCUGUAGACCUGUAACACUAUAGACUAGGCUGUAGACCUGUAACACUAUAGACUAGGCUGUAGACCUGUAACACUAUAGACUAGGCUGUGCUGUAGACCUGUAACACUAUAGACUAGGCUGUAGACCUGUAACACUAUAGACUAGGCUGUAGACCUGUAACACUAUAGACUAGCGUGUGACCUGUAACACUAUAGACUAGGCUGUAUACCUGUAACACUAUAGACUAGCUGUAGACCUUGUAACACUAUAGACUAGGCUGUAGACCUGUAACACUAUAGACUAGGCUGUAGACCUGUAACACUAUAGACUAGGCUGUAGACCUGUAACACUAUAGACUAGGCUGUAGACCUGUAACACUAUAGACUAGCUGUGCUGUAGACCUGUAACACUAUAGACUAGCUGUAGACUUAACCUAUAGACUAGCUGUAGACCUGUAACACUAUAGACUAUGCUGUGCUGUAUACCUGUAACACUAUAGACUAUGCUGUAUACCUGUAACACUAUAGACUAGGCUGUAGACCUGUAACACUAUAGACUAGGCUGUAGACCUGUAACACUAUAGACUAGGCUGUAGACCUGUAACACUAUAGACUAGGCUGUGCUGUAGACCUGUAACACUAUAGACUAGGCUGUAGACCUGUAAACACUAUAGACUAGGCUGUAGACCUGUAACACUAUAGACUAGGCUGUGAUGUAGACCUGUAACACUAUAGACUAGGAUGUAGACCUGUAACACUAUAGACUAGGUUGUAGACCUGUAACACUAUAGACUAGGCUGUAGACCUGUAACACUAUAGACUAGGCUGUAGACCUGUAACACUAUAGACUAGGCUGUGCUGUAGACCUGUAACACUAUAGACUAGGCUGUGCUGUAGACCUGUAACACUAUAGACUAGGCUGUAGACCUGUAACACUAUGAGACUGGGCUGUAGACCUGUAACACUAUAGACUAGGCUGUAGACCUGUAACACUAUAGACUAGGCUGUAGACCUGUAACACUAUAGACUAGGCUGUAGACCUGUAACACUAUAGACUAGGCUGUAGACCUGUAACACUAUAGACUUGGCUGUGAUGUAGACCUGUAACACUAUAGACUAGGCUGUAGACCUGUAACACUAUAGACUACGCUGUAGACCUGUAACACUAUAGACUAGGCUGUAGACCUGUACCACUAUAGACUAGGCUGUAGACCUGUAACACUAUAGACUAGGCUGUAGAUCUGUAACACUAUAGACUAGGCUGUAGACCUGUAACACUAUAGACUAGGCUGUAGACCUGUACCACUAUAGACUAGGCUGUAGACCUGUACCACUAUAGACUAGGCUGUAGACCUGUAACACUAUAGACUAGGCUGUAGACCUGUAACACUAUAGACUAGGCUGUAGACCUGUAACACUAUAGACUAGGCUUAAAGACCUAUAGACUAGGCUGUAGACCUGUAACACUAUAGACUAGGCUGUAGACCUGUAACACUAUAGACUAGGCUGUAGACCUGUAACACUAUAUACUAGGCUGUAGACAUGUAACACUAUAGACUAGGCUGUAGACCUGUAACACUAUAGACUGGGCUGUGCUGUAGACCUGUAACACUAUAGACUAGGCUGUAGACCUGUAACACUAUAGACUAGGCUGUAGACCUGUAACACUAUAGACUAGGCUGUAGACCUGUAACACUAUAGACUAGGCUGUAGACCUGUAACACUAUAGACUAGGCUGUAGACCUGUAACACUAUAGACUAGGCUGUAGACCUGUAACACUAUAGACUAGGCUGUAGACCUGUAACACUAUAGACUAGGCUCUGAUGUAGACCUGUAACACUAUAGACUACGCUGUAGACCUGUAACACUAUAGACUAGGCUGUGCUGUAGACCUGUAACACUAUAGACUAGGCUGUGCUGUAGACCUGUAACACUAUAGACUAGGCUGUAGACCUGUAACACUAUAGACUAGGCUGUGCUGUAGACCUGUAACACUAUAGACUAGGCUGUAGACCUGUAACACUAUAGACUAGGCUGUAGACCUGUAACACUAUAGACUAGGCUGUGCUGUAGACCUGUAACACUAUAGACUAGGCUGUGCUGUAGACCUGUAACACUAUAGACUAGGCUGUAGACCUGUAACACUAUAGACUAGGCUGUAGACCUGUAACAAUAUAGACUAGGGCUGUAGUCCUGUAACACUAUAGACUAGGCGUGUAGACCUGUAACACUAUAGACUAGGCUGUAGACCUGUAACACAUAGACUAGGCUGUAGACCUGUAACACUAUAGACUAGGCUGUGCUGUAGACCUGUAACACUAUAGACUAGGCUGUAGACCUGUAACACUAUAGACUAGGCUGUAGACCUGUAACACUAUAGACUAGGCUGUAGACCUGUAACACUAUAGACUAGGCUGUAGACCCUGUUAACACUAUAGACUAGGCUGUAGACCCUGUCACACUAUAGACUAGGCUGUGCUGUAGAUCCUGUAACACUAUAGACUAGCUGUGCUGUGAUAGACCUGUAAAACACUAUAGACUAGGCUUUGCUGUAGACCUGUAACACUAUAUGACUAGGCUGUAGACCUGUAAACACUCAGAGACUAGGCUGUAGACCAUGUAACACUAUAGACUUAGGCUGUAGACAUGUAACACUAUAGACUAGGGCUGUAGGACCUGUAAACACUAUAGACUAGGCUGUAGGACCUGUCAACCACUAUAGACUAGGCUGUGAGACCUGUACCACUAUAGACGUCGGCUGGUGAGACCUGUAACACUAUAGAACAGGCUGUGCGGUAGACCGGUAAACACUAUAGACUAGGCUGUGCUGUAGACCUGUAACAAAUAGACUAGACGGUAGACCUGUAAACACGAUUAGACUAGGCUGUAGACCUGUAACACUAUAUAGACAGGCUGUAGACCUGUAACACCCUAUAGACUAGGGUGCUGUAUAGACCUGUUAACACUAGAGACUGGCUGUGCUGUAGACCCUGUAACACUAUAGACUAGGCUGUGCUGUAGACCUGUAACACUAUAGACUAGGCUGUAGACCUGUAACACUAUAGACUAGGCUGUAGACCUGUAACAAUAUAGACUAGGCUGUAGUCCUGUAACACUAUAGACUAGGCUGUAGACCUGUAACACUAUAGACUAGGCUGUAGACCUGUAACACUAUAGACUAGGCUGUAGACCUGUAACACUAUAGACUAGGCUGUAGACCUGUAACACUAUAGACUAGGCUGUAGACCUGUAACACUAUAGACUAGGCUGUAGACCUGUAACACUAUAGACUAGGCUGUAGACCUGUAACACUAUAGACUAGGCUGUAGACCUGUAACACUAUAGACUAGGCUGUAGACCUGUAACACUAUAGACUAGGCUGUGCUGUAGACCUGUAACACUAUAGACUAGGCUGUGCUGUAGACCUGUAACACUAUAGACUAGGCUGUAGACCUGUAACACUAUAGACUAGGCUGUAGACCUGUAACAAAUAGACUAGGCUGUAGUCUGUAACACUAUAGACUAGGCUGUAGACCUGUAACACUAUAGACUAGGCUGUAGACCUGUAACACUAUAGACUAGGCUGUAGACCUGUAAACUAUAGACUAGGCUGUAGACCUGUAACACCUAUAGACUAGGCUGUAGACCUGUAACACUAUAGACUAGGCUGUAGACCUGUUAACACUAUAGACUAGGCUGUAGACCUGUAACACUAUAGACUAGGCUGUAGACCUGUAAACAAUAUAGACUAGGCUUGUAGUCCUGUAACACUAUAGACUAGGCUGUAGACCUGUAACACUAUAGACUAGGCUGUAGACCUGUAAACACUAUAGACUAGGCUGUUAGACCUGUAAACACUAUAGACUAGGCUGUAGACCUGUAACACUAUAGACUAGGCUGUAGACCUGUAACACUAUAGACUAGGCUGUAGACCUGUAACACUAUAGACUAGGCUGUAGACCUGUAACAAUAUAGACUAGGCUGUAGUCCUGUAACACUAUAGACUAGGCUUGUAGACCUGUAACACUAUAGACUAGGCUGUAGACCUGUAACACUAUAGACUAGGCUGUAGAACCUGUAACAUAUAGACUAGGCUGUAGGACCUGUAACAACUAUUAGGACUAGGCUGGUAGACCUGUAACACUAUAGACUAGGCUGUAGACCGUAACUACACUAUAGACUAGGCUGUGCUGUAGACCUGUAACACUAUAGACUGUCUCUCUGUCUCUGUCUCUCUCUGUCUCUCUCUCUCUCUCUAACUCUUUUCUUCUCCCCCCCCCCCCCCCCCCGUCUUUCAGGUGUAUGUGGUGGCCAUGAAGAUAAAGAAGGAAGCAGAGUCUCGUCCGGUGAAGGAGGUGAAGGCAGGAGGAGAGGAGGAAGAGGAGGAGGAGGAGGUGGGAGCGGACAUUCUUCCUCCUGAUAGCCUGAUUAUGCUGGUGCAGCCUGAACUGCCGUCUCUGUCUCGGCUGUGGUUGGCUGUCCUCAGAGACUAUGCUCUACUGACACUGCCUGCAGAGUUCUCCAGCCAACUGCCACCUGACGGUACACUACACCCUGCUCAACACUGUGGCCUCCUGACGGUACACUACACCCUACUCAACACUGUGGCCAACUGCCACCUGACUGCACACUACACCCUACUCAACACUGUGGCCAACUGCCACCUGACGGUACACUACACCCUACUCAACACUGUGGCCUCCUGACGGUACACUACACCCUACUCAACACUAUGGCCUCCUGACGGUACACUACACCCUACUCAACACUAUGGCCUCCUGACGGUACACUACACCCUACUCAACACUAUGGCCUCCUGACGGUACACUACACCCUACUCAACACUAUGGCCUCCUGACGGUACACUACACCCUACUCAACACUAUGGCCUCCUGACGGUACACUACACCCUACUCAACACUGUGGCCUCCUGACGGUACACUACACCCUACUCAACACUGUGGCCAACUGCCACCUGACGGUACACUACACCCUACUCAACACUGUGGCCUCCUGACGGUACACUACACCCUACUCAACACUAUGGCCUCCUGACGGUACACUACACCCUACUCAACACUAUGGCCUCCUGACGGUACACUACACCCUACUCAACACUGUGGCCUCCUGACGGUACACUACACCCUACUCAACACUAUGGCCUCCUGACGGUACACUACACCCUACUCAACACUGUGGCCUCCUGACGGUACACUACACCCUACUCAACACUAUGGCCUCCUGACGGUACACUACACCCUACUCAACACUGUGGCCUCCUGACGGUACACUACACCCUACUCAACACUAUGGCCUCCUGACGGUACACUACACCCUACUCAACACUGUGGCCACCUGACGGUACACUACACCCUACUCAACACUGUCGCCAACUGCCACCUGACGGUACACUACACCCUACUCAACACUGUGGCCUCCUGACGGUACACUACACCCUACUCAACACUUUGGCCACCUGACGGUACACUACACCCUACACAACACUGUGGCCUCCUGACGGUACACUACACCCUACUCAACACUGUGGCCUCCUGACGGUACACUACACCCUACUCAACACUGUGGCCUCCUGACGGUACACUACACCCUACUCAACACUGUGGCCUCCUGACGGUACACUACACCCUACUCAACACUGUGGCCUCCUGACGGUACACUACACCCUACUCAACACUGUGGCCUCCUGACGGUACACUACACCCUACUCAACACUGUCGCCAACUGCCACCUGACGGUACACUACACCCUACUCAACACUGUGGCCUCAUGACGGUACACUACACCCUACUCAACACUUUGGCCACCUGACGGUACACUACACCCUACACAACACUGUGGCCUCCUGACGGUACACUACACCCUACUCAACACUGUGGCCAACUGCCACCUGACGGUACACUACACCCUACUCAACACUGUGGCCAACUGCCACCUGACGGUACACUACACCCUACUCAACACUGUGGCCUCCUGACGGUACACUACACCCUACUCAACACUGUGGCCACCUGACGGUACACUACACCCUACACAACACUGUGGCCACCUGACGGUACACUACACCCUACUCAACACUGUGGCCAACUGCCUCCUGACGGUACACUACACCCUACUCAACACUGUGGCCUCCUGACGGUACACUACACCCUACACAACACUGUGGCCUCCUGACGGUACACUACACCCUACUCAACACUGUGGCCUCCUGACGGUACACUACACCCUACUCAACACUGUGGCCACCUGACGGUACACUACACCCUACACAACACUGUGGCCUCCUGACGGUACACUACACCCUACUCAACACUGUGGCCUCCUGACGGUACACUACACCCUACUCAACACUGUGGCCACCUGACGGUACACUACACCCUACUCAACACUGUGGCCACCUGACGGUACACUACACCCUACUCAACACUGUGGCCUCCUGACGGUACACUACACCCUACUCAACACUGUGGCCAACUGCCACCUGACGGUACACUACACCCUACUCAACACUGUGGCCACCUGACGGGACACUACACCCUACUCAACACUGUGGCCUCCUGACGGUAAGCUACACCCUACUCAACACUGUGGCCACCUGACGGGACACUACACCCUACUCAACACUGUGGCCUCCUGACGGUACACUACACCCUACUCAACACUGUGGCCAACUGCCACCUGACGGUACACUACACCCUACUCAACACUGUGGCCACCUGACGGUACACUACACCCUACUCAACACUGUGGCCUCCUGACGGUACACUACACCCUACUCAACACUGUGGCCUCCUGACGGUACACUACACCCUACUCAAACACUGUGGCCACCUGACUGCACACUACACCCUACUCAACACUGUGGCCACCUGACGGUACACUACACCCUACUCAACACUGUGGCCUCCUGACGGUACACUACACCCUACUCAACACUGUGGCCUCCUGACGGUACACUACACCCUACUCAACACUGUGGCCACCUGACGGCACACUACACCCUACUCAACACUGUGGCCAACUGCCACCUGACGGUACACUACACCCUACUCAACACUGUGGCCAACUGCCACCUGACGGGACACUACACCCUACUCAACACUGUGGCCACCUGACGGUACACUACACCCUACUCAACACUGUGGCCUCCUGACGGUACACUACACCCUACUCAACACUGUGGCCACCUGACGGUACACUACACCCUACUCAACACUGUGGCCACCUGACGCUACACUACACCCUACUCAACACUGUGGCCACCUGACUGCACACUACACCCUACUCAACACUGUGGCCACCUGACGGUACACUACACCCUACUCAACACUGUGGCCUCCUGACGGUACACUACACCCUACUCAACACUGUGGCCUCCUGACGGUACACUACACCCUACUCAACACUGUGGCCACCUGACGGCACACUACACCCUACUCAACACUGUGGCCAACUGCCACCUGACGGUACACUACACCCUACUCAACACUGUGGCCAACUGCCACCUGACGGGACACUACACCCUACUCAACACUGUGGCCACCUGACGGUACACUACACCCUACUCAACACUGUGGCCUCCUGACGGUACACUACACCCUACUCAACACUGUGGCCACCUGACGGUACACUACACCCUACUCAACACUGUGGCCACCUGACGCUACACUACACCCUACUCAACACUGUGGCCACCUGACUGCACACUACACCCUACUCAAACACUGUGGCCACCUGACGGUACACUACACCCUACUCAACACUGUGGCCUCCUGACGGUACACUACACCCUACUCAACACUGUGGCCUCCUGACGGUACACUACACCCUACUCAACACUGUGGCCUCCUGACGGUACACUACACCCUACUCAACACUGUGGCCACCUGACGGCACACUACACCCUACUCAACACUGUGGCCAACUGCCACCUGACGGUACACUACACCCUACUCAACACUGUGGCCAACUGCCACCUGACGGGACACUACACCCUACUCAACACUGUGGCCACCUGACGGUACACUACACCCUACUCAACACUGUGGCCUCCUGACGGUACACUACACCCUACUCAACACUGUGGCCACCUGACGGUACACUACACCCUACUCAACACUGUGGCCACCUGACGCUACACUACACCCUACUCAACACUGUGGCCACCUGACUGCACACUACACCCUACUCAACACUGUGGCCACCUGACGGUACACUACACCCUACUCAACACUGUGGCCUCCUGACGGUACACUACACCCUACUCAACACUGUGCCACCUGACGCUACACUACACCCUACUCAACACUGUGGCCACCUGACGCUACACUACACCCUACUCAACACUGUGGCCUCCUGACGGGACACUACACCCUACUCAACACUGUGGCCUCCUGACGGGACACUACACCCUACUCAACACUGUGGCCAACUGCCUCCUGACGGUACACUACACCCUACUCAACACUGUGGCCUCCUGACGGUACACUACACCCUACUCAACACUGUGGCCUCCUGACGGUACACUACACCCUACUCAACACUGUGGCCACCUGACGGUACACUACACCUUACUCAACACUGUGGCCACCUGACGGUACACUACACCCUACUCAACACUGUGGCCACCUGACGGUACACUACACCCUACUCAACACUGUGGCCUCCUGACGGUAAGCUACACCCUACUCAACACUGUGGCCACCUGACGGUACACUACACCCUACUCAACACUGUGGCCACCUGACGGUACACUACACCCUACUCAACACUGUGGCCAACUGCCACCUGACGGGACACUACACCCUACUCAACACUGUGGCCACCUGACGGUACACUACACCCUACUCAACACUGUGGCCUCCUGACGGUACACUACACCCUACUCAACACUGUGGCCACCUGACGGUACACUACACCCUACUCAACACUGUGGCCACCUGACGCUACACUACACCCUACUCAACACUGUGGCCUCCUGACGGUACACUACACCCUACUCAACACUGUGGCCACCUGACGGUACACUACACCCUACUCAACACUGUGGCCACCUGACGGUAAACUACACCCUACUCAACACUGUGGCCACCUGCCACCUGACGGUACACUACACCCUACUCAACACUGUGGCCUCCUGACGGUAAGCUACACCCUACUCAACACUGUGGCCACCUGACGGUACACUACACCCUACUCAACACUGUGGCCACCUGACGGUACACUACACCCUACUCAACACUGUGGCCUCCUGACGGGACACUACACCCUACUCAACACUCUGGCCUCCUGACGGGACACUACACCCUACUCAACACUGUGGCCUCCUGACGGGACACUACACCCUACUCAACACUGUGGCCACCUGACGGUACACUACACCCUACUCAACACUGUGGCCUCCUGACGGUACACUACACCCUGCUCAACACUGUGGCCACCUGACGGUACACUACACCCUACUCAACACUGUGGCCUCCUGACGGGACACUACACCCUACUCAACACUGUGGCCACCUGACGGUACACUACACCCUACUCAACACUGUGGCCUCCUGACGGUACACUACACCCUACUCAACACUGUGGCCACCUGACGGUACACUACACCCUACUCAACACUGUGGCCACCUGACGGUGCACUACACCCUACUCAACACUGUGGCCACCUGCCACCUGAUGGUACACUACACCCUACUCAACACUGUGGCCACCUGACGGUAUACUACACCCUACUCAACACUGUGGCCACCUGCCACCUGACGGUACACUACACCCUACUCAACACUGUGGCCUCCUGACGGUACACUACACCCUACUCAACACUGUGGCCACCUGACGGUACACUACACCCUACUCAACACUGUGGCCACCUGACGGUACACUACACCCUACUCAACACUGUGGCCACCUGACGGUACACUACACCCUACUCAACACUGUGGCCUCCUGACGGUACACUACACCCUACUCAACACUGUGACCACCUGACGGUACACUACACCCUACUCAACACUGUGACCACCUGACGGUACACUACACCCUACUCAACACUGUGGCCUCCUGACGGUACACUACACCCUACUCAACACUGUGGCCUCCUGACGGUACACUACACCCUACUCAACACUGUGGCCACCUGACGGUACACUACACCCUACUCAACACUGUGGCCUCCUGACGGUACACUACACCCUACUCAACACUGUGGCCUCCUGACGGUACACUACACCCUACUCAACACUGUGGCCUCCUGACGAUACACUACACCCUACUCAACACUGUGGCCUCCUGACGGUACACUACACCCUACUCAACACUGUGGCCUCCUGACGGUACACUACACCCUACUCAACACUGUGGCCUCCUGACGGUACACUACACCCUACUCAACACUGUGGCCACCUGACGGUACACUACACCCUACUCAACACUGUGGCCACCUGACGGUAAACUACACCCUACUCAACACUGUGGCCACCUGCCACCUGACGGUACACUACACCCUACUCAACACUGUGGCCUCCUGACGGUAAGCUACACCCUACUCAACACUGUGGCCACCUGACGGUACACUACACCCUACUCAACACUGUGGCCACCUGACGGUACACUACACCCUACUCAACACUGUGGCCUCCUGACGGGACACUACACCCUACUCAACACUCUGGCCUCCUGACGGGACACUACACCCUAAUCAACACUGUGGCCUCCUGCUGAUACACUACACCCUACUCAACACUGGCUAGUCUUAAGCCACAGAUGAAGCCUAGUCUUGGACUAAACAGCCCUUUAAAUAGAGAAUCUCUCCAAUGAACAUGAUUUCUAGACUUGGUUAAUCUGUUUCCGGGAAACAGGCCCUAAAACUUGUUCAUGAUGUUCAUGUGACAGCUUGGGUGCUAAUCCACUACUGUCUCAUCUCCAAGGCUGUUUUCCUGCUGUGUGUGUCCAGGUGGUGCAUUCUACACCCCAGAGACCAUUGACACAGCUCGUCUCCACUACCGUGGCUCCUGGGCCCCUGUCCUCCACGCUGUGGCCCUCUGGCUGAGCAGCACCAGCUUCGGGGAAGAGGAGGCCCCUGCUCCCCACCCACAGGCCCCUGGGGCCCCAGUCUACCUCCAGGGAAACCCUGUACCUACCCAGAGUCUGGAGGAGCUGGUUAAGGACAGGAUGCAUCUGAUGUUGGGUAUGAGAGUGCGAGAGAGAGAGUGCGAGAGAGAGAGAGUGCGAGAGAGAGAGAGUGCGAGAGAGAGUGCGAGAGAGAGUGCGAGAGAGAGUGCGAGAGAGAGAGGAGAGAGAGAGAGAGACAGAGAGACAGAGAGACAGAGAGACAGAGAGACAGAGUUAGCUAGCUACAGGACACUUAGUCACCUUCAUAAUAACUGACCACUCUGUCCUCCCACCCCCAGGUGUCAGUAUAGAGUUCCUGUGCUUCCCCAGACCCGAGGAACCUAUAGAACAUGUCAUGUCAUGUCUACAGGCUCUCUGUACCCUGCUGGACUCGCCCUGCGCCAGGACACACAUCAGUGAAGACCAGGUAAAGCUAGAGGAGAAAGAAGAAGUGGUAAAGGAAGAAGAGAGAGGAGAAAACAACUGGUAAAGAGAAAGGUUUGAGAAGGUUCUAGCAUCAUAGUCUAAUUGUGAUGCGGAGUUUACAGGAGAGAGGGAGGAACAGCUUUGGAUGAGGACGGAUACAGUAGCAUGAGUAAUGACUAAUGUAUAUCACGUUCCGGAGGUGAUGGUCUCAUACGUUUCCCUUUCCCCACACACACACACACACACACACACACACCAUCUCUAUGUAUCUCUCCACCACUCCUCAUCACCCUCAGAGCCUCAGACACAGCUCAUUGCCUGUCCGUCUCUCCUCAUCCAUAAUAAGCCAUGAGCAUUACAGUGAGGAGAGGAUUAGACUUGACCUACUGCAGGAUAAUGGAUAGAUUCACAGAUCUAUACAGGCAGGGGAAGAGGUCUGUGCAGGCAGGGGAAGAGGUCUAUACAGGCAGGGGAAGAGGUCUAUACAGGCAGGGGAAGAGGUCUGUGCAGGCAGGGGAAGAGGUCUGUGCAGGCAGGGGAAGAGGUCUGUGCAGGCAGGGGAAGAGGUCUGUGCAGGCAGGGGAAGAGGUUUGUACAGGCAGGGGAAGAGGUUUGUGCAGGCAGGGGAAGAGGUCUGUGCAGGCAGGGGAAGAGGUCUGUGCAGGCAGGGGAAGAGGUCUGUGCAGGCAGGGGAAGAGGUCUGUGCAGGCAGGGGAAGAGGUCUGUGCAGGCAGGGGAAGAGGUCUGUGCAGGCAGGGGAAGAGGUCUGUGCAGGCAGGGGAAGAGGUCUGUACAGGCAGGGGAAGAGGUCUGUGCAGGCAGGGGAAGAGGUCUAUGCAGGCAGGGGAAGAGGUCUAUACAGGCAGGGGAAGAGGUAUGUACAGGCAGGGGAAGAGGUAUGUACAGGUAGGGGAAGUCUAUACAGGCAGGGGAAGAGGUCUGUACAGGCAGGGGAAGUAUAUACAGGCAGGGGAAGAGGUCUGUACAGGCAGGGGAAGUCUAUACAGGCAGGGGAAGAGGUCUGUGCAGGCAGGGGAAGAGGUCUGUGCAGGCAGGGGAAGAGGUCUGUGCAGGCAGGGGAAGAGGUCUGUGCAGGCAGGGGAAGAGGUCUGUGCAGGCAGGGGAAGAGGUCUGUGCAGGCAGGGGAAGAGGUCUGUGCAGGCAGGGGAAGAGGUCUGUGCAGGCAGGGGAAGAGGUCUAUGCAGGCAGGGGAAGAGGUCUGUGCAGGCAGGGGAAGAGGUCUGUGCAGGCAGGGGAAGAGGUCUGUGCAGGCAGGGGAAGAGGUCUGUGCAGGCAGGGGAAGAGGUCUGUGCAGGCAGGGGAAGAGGUCUGUGCAGGCAGGGGAAGAGGUCUGUGCAGGCAGGGGAAGAGGUCUGUGCAGGCAGGGGAAGAGGUCUAUACAGGCAGGGGAAGAGGUCUAUACAGGCAGGGGAAGAGGUCUGUGCAGGCAGGGGAAGAGGUAUAUACAGGCAGGGGAAGAGGUGUAUACAGGCAGGGGAAGAGGUGUAUACAGGCAGGGGAAGAGGUGUAUACAGGCAGGGGAAGAGGUAUAUACAGGCAGGGGAAGAGGUGUAUACAGGCAGGGGAAGAGGUGUAUACAGGCAGGGGAAGAGGUGUAUACAGGCAGGGGAAGAGGUAUAUACAGGCAGGGGAAGAGGUGUAUACAGGCAGGGGAAGAGGUGUAUACAGGCAGGGGAAGAGGUGUAUACAGGCAGGGGAAGAGGUGUAUACAGGCAGGGGAAGAGGUGUAUACAGGCAGGGGAAGAGGUGUGUAUACAGGCAGGGGAAGAGGUAUAUACAGGCAGGGGAAGAGGUAUAUACAGGCAGGGGAAGAGGUCUAUACAGGCAGGGGAAAGAGGUGUAUACAGGCAGGGGAAGAGGUGUAUACAGGCAGGGGAAGAGGUAUAUACAGGCAGGGGAAGAGGUGUAUACAGGCAGGGGAAGAGGUGUAUACAGGCAGGGGAAGAGGUAUAUACAGGCAGGGGAAGAGGUGUAUACAGGCAGGGGAAGAGGUAUAUACAGGCAGGCCAGAAAGAUUCCAGAUUGUUCUGUCUGUGUCUCGUACACAGGGCUGAGGAGUUAGUGACUUCACUGAGCUGUAGGGUAGCAGACAUUCUGGGUGUGUUUCUCUCCACGUUGUAGCUCUUGGGUGUAGAGCUGACAGGCAGGAUGUUUUUAAAAAUGUCAUGGCUAACCAGGUUUCUCUCCGCGUUGUAGCUCUUGGGUGUAGAGCUGCUCAACGUGCUCCACAGACUACUCCUGACCAGAGACCCUCCGGCCGUGCAGCUCCAAGUUACGGCUGUGGUGCAGGAGACUGUCCGAGCUGCACAGGACCACCUCACACAGCAGAGGGACGCCCAGGGUUAGUACCGACACGGGUCACUGUGUUACCCCGAUGGACAGGCUGGUCCCAGAUACCUUGGUGCUUGCCUUGCCAAUUCAUAUGGUCAUCUUUAACCAUAUGCUGAUACAGACAAGCAGAUCUGGGACCAGCCUAUGAGUCUACUGUUAGGAUAUACCACAUAUACCUUUAAAUUAAUUUACAUUUACAUUACAUUUUAGUCAUUUAGCAGACGCUCAGUUAGUGAGUGCAUACAUUUUUCAUACUGGUUUGCCUGUGUUAGUCGUAUGUACAGGAUACAUAUGGUAUACACCUUCCAAUGAAAUGCUUACUAGCGGGUUCCUUCUGGACAAUGCAAGAACAAUGAGAAAUAACAAAAGAUACGAAUACGAACAUAAAGUUAAAUAGCUCAGUAGAAAAAUAAUAAACAUUUUGAGCUCCCAACUAGUUACUGCCAUAUGCAUAGAGAUCCAUGACUUAUCCAUCAUCUCUUUGAGCUCCCAACUAGUUACUGCCAUAUGCAUAGAGAUCCAUGACUUAUCCAUCAUCUCUUUGAGCUCCCAACUAGUUACUGCCAUAUGCAUAGAGAUCCAUGACUUAUCCAUCAUCUCUUUGAGCUCCCAACUAGUUACUGCCAUAUGCAUAGAGAUCCAUGACUUAUCCAUCAGCUCUUUGAGCUCCCAACUAGUUACUGCCAUAUGCAUAGAGAUCCAUGACUUAUCCAUCAUCUCUUUGAGCUCCAACUAGUUACUGCCAUAUGCAUAGAGAUCCAUGACUUAUCCAUCAUCUCUUUGAGCUCCAACUAGUUACUGCCAUAUGCAUAGAGAUCCAUGACUUAUCCAUCAUCUCUUUGAGCUCCCAACUAGUUACUGCCAUAUGCAUAGAGAUCCAUGACUUAUCCAUCCUCUCUUUGAGCUCCAACUAGUUACUGCCAUAUGCAUAGAGAUCCAUGACUUAUCCAUCAUCUCUUUGAGCUCCCAACUAGUCACUGCCAUAUGCAUAGAGAUCCAUGACUUAUCCAUCAUCUCUUUGAGCUCCCAACUAGUUACUGCCAUAUGCAUAGAGAUCCAUGACUUAUCCAUCAUCUCUUUGAGCUCCCAACUAGUUACUGCCAUAUGCAUAGAGAUCCAUGACUUAUCCAUCAUCUCUUUGAGCUCCAACUAGUUACUGCCAUAUGCAUAGAGAUCCAUGACUUAUCCAUCAUCUCUUUGAGCUCCCAACUAGUUACUGCCAUAUGCAUAGAGAUCCAUGACUUAUCCAUCAGCUCUUUGAGCUCCAACUAGUUACUGCCAUAUGCAUAGAGAUCCAUGACUUAUCCAUCAGCUCUUUGAGCUCCAACUAGUUACUGCCAUAUGCAUAGAGAUCCAUGACUUAUCCAUCAGCUCUUUGAGCUCCCAACUAGUUACUGCCAUAUGCAUAGAGAUCCAUGACUUAUCCAUCAUCUCUUUGAGCUCCCAACUAGUUACUGCCAUAUGCAUAGAGAUCCAUGACUUAUCCAUCAUCUCUUUGAGCUCCCAACUAGUUACUGCCAUAUGCAUAGAGAUCCAUGACUUAUCCAUCAUCUCUUUGAGCUCCAACUAGUUACUGCCAUAUGCAUAGAGAUCCAUGACUUAUCCAUCAUCUCUUUGAGCUCCCAACUAGUUACUGCCAUAUGCAUAGAGAUCCAUGACUCAUCCAUCAGCUAUUUGAGCUCCCAACUAGUUACUGCCAUAUGCAUAGAGAUCCAUGACUCAUCCAUCAGCUAUUUGAGCUCCCAACUAGUUACUGCCAUAUGCAUAGAGAUCCAUGACUUAUCCAUCAGCUCUUUGAGCUCCAACUAGUUACUGCCAUAUGCAUAGAGAUCCAUGAAUUAUCCAUCAUCUAUUUGAGCUCCAACUAGUUACUGCCAUAUGCAUAGAGAUCCAUGACUUAUCCAUCAGCUCUUUGAGCUCCCAACUAGUUACUGCCAUAUGCAUAGAGAUCCAUGACUUAUCCAUCAUCUCUUUGAGCUCCAACUAGUUACUGCCAUAUGCAUAGAGAUCCAUGACUUAUCCAUCAUCUCUUUGAGCUCCAACUAGUUACUGCCAUAUGCAUAGAGAUCCAUGACUUAUCCAUCAUCUCUUUGAGCUCCCAACUAGUUACUGCCAUAUGCAUAGAGAUCCAUGACUUAUCCAUCAGCUCUUUGAGCUCCAACUAGUUACUGCCAUAUGCAUAGAGAUCCAUGACUUAUCCAUCAUCUCUUUGAGCUCCAACUAGUUACUGCCAUAUGCAUAGAGAUCCAUGACUUAUCCAUCAUCUCUUUGAGCUCCAACUAGUUACUGCCAUAUGCAUAGAGAUCCAUGACUUAUCCAUCAUCUCUUUGAGCUCCCAACUAGUUACUGCCAUAUGCAUAGAGAUCCAUGACUUAUCCAUCAUCUCUUUGAGCUCCAACUAGUUACUGCCAUAUGCAUAGAGAUCCAUGACUUAUCCAUCAGCUCUUUGAGCUCCAACUAGUUACUGCCAUAUGCAUAGAGAUCCAUGACUUAUCCAUCAUCUCUUUGAGCUCCAACUAGUUACUGCCAUAUGCAUAGAGAUCCAUGACUUAUCCAUCAUAUCUUUGAGCUCCAACUAGUUACUGCCAUAUGCAUAGAGAUCCAUGACUUAUCCAUCAGCUCUUUGAGCUCCCAACUAGUUACUGCCAUAUGCAUAGAGAUCCAUGACUUAUCCAUCAUCUCUUUGAGCUCCCAACUAGUUACUGCCAUAUGCAUAGAGAUCCAUGACUUAUCCAUCAUCUCUUUGAGCUCCAACUAGUUACUGCCAUAUGCAUAGAGAUCCAUGACUUAUCCAUCAAUUCUUUGAGCUCCCAACUAGUUACUGCCAUAUGCAUAGAGAUCCAUGACUUAUCCAUCAGCUCUUUGAGCUCCCAACUAGUUACUGCCAUAUGCAUAGAGAUCCAUGACUUAUCCAUCAUCUCUUUGAGCUCCAACUAGUUACUGCCAUAUGCAUAGAGAUCCAUGACUUAUCCAUCAUCUCUUUGAGCUCCCAACUAGUUACUGCCAUAUGCAUAGAGAUCCAUGACUUAUCCAUCAUCUCUUUGAGCUCCAACUAGUUACUGCCAUAUGCAUAGAGAUCCAUGACUUAUCCAUCAUCUCUUUGAGCUCCAACUAGUUACUGCCAUAUGCAUAGAGAUCCAUGACUUAUCCAUCAUCUCUUUGAGCUCCCAACUAGUUACUGCCAUAUGCAUAGAGAUCCAUGACUUAUCCAUCAGCUCUUUGAGCUCCAACUAGUUACUGCCAUAUGCAUAGAGAUCCAUGACUUAUCCAUCAUCUCUUUGAGCUCCAACUAGUUACUGCCAUAUGCAUAGAGAUCCAUGACUUAUCCAUCAUCUCUUUGAGCUCCAACUAGUUACUGCCAUAUGCAUAGAGAUCCAUGACUUAUCAUCAUCUCUUUGAGCUCCAACUAGUUACUGCCAUAUGCAUAGAGAUCCAUGACUUAUCCAUCAGCUCUUUGAGCUCCCAACUAGUUACUGCCAUAUGCAUAGAGAUCCAUGACUUAUCCAUCAUCUCUUUGAGCUCCCAACUAGUUACUGCCAUAUGCAUAGAGAUCCAUGACUUAUCCAUCAUCUCUUUGAGCUCCAACUAGUUACUGCCAUAUGCAUAGAGAUCCAUGACUUAUCCAUCAAUUCUUUGAGCUCCCAACUAGUUACUGCCAUAUGCAUAGAGAUCCAUGACUUAUCCAUCAUCUCUUUGAGCUCCCAACUAGUUACUGCCAUAUGCAUAGAGAUCCAUGACUUAUCCAUCAUCUCUUUGAGCUCCAACUAGUUACUGCCAUAUGCAUAGAGAUCCAUGACUUAUCCAUCAUCUCUUUGAGCUCCCAACUAGUUACUGCCAUAUGCGUAGAGAUCCAUGACUUAUCCAUCAUCUCUUUGAGCUCCAACUAGUUACUGCCAUAUGCAUAGAGAUCCAUGACUUAUCCAUCACCUCUUUGAGCUCCAACUAGUUACUGCCAUAUGCAUAGAGAUCCAUGACUUAUCCAUCAUCUCUUUGAGCUCCAACUAGUUACUGCCAUAUGCGUAGAGAUCCAUGACUUAUCCAUCAUCUCUUUGAGCUCCAACUAGUUACUGCCAUAUGCAUAGAGAUCCAUGACUUAUCCAUCAUCUCUUUGAGCUCCAACUAGUUACUGCCAUAUGCAUAGAGAUCCAUGACUUAUCCAUCAUCUCUUUGAGCUCCAACUAGUUACUGCCAUAUGCAUAGAGAUCCAUGACUUAUCCAUCAUCUCUUUGAGCUCCAACUAGUUACUGCCAUAUGCAUAGAGAUCCAUGACUUAUCCAUCAGCUCUUUGAGCUCCAACUAGUUACUGCCAUAUGCAUAGAGAUCCAUGACUUAUCCAUCAGCUCUUUGAGCUCCAACUAGUGACUGCCAUAUGCAUAGAGAUCCAUGACUUAUCCAUCAGCUCUUUGAGCUCCAACUAGUGACUGCCAUAUGCAUAGAGAUCCAUGACUUAUCCAUCAGCUCUUUGAGCUCCAACUAGUUACUGCCAUAUGCAUAGAGAUCCAUGACUUAUCCAUCAGCUCUUUGAGCUCCCAACUAGUUACUGCCAUAUGCAUAGAGAUCCAUGACUUAUCCAUCAGCUCCAUCAAAGGGAGUGAAUGAGGGUGCAAGGGAGAAAGCAACUUUCUGGAAUGAAAUGCAGCCAACUCAGCUGCCUAAGUACUGCUAGGAGUAAGACUGAGCCAGGUAGUAGUAGUAGUAGUAGUAGUAGUAGUAGUAGUAGUAGUAGUAGUAGCAGUAGCAGUAGUAGUAAUAAUAGUAGUAGUAGGAGUAGUAGCAGUAGUAGUAGUAGUAGUAGUAGUAGUAGUAGUAGUAGUAGUAAUUUUAGUAGUAGUAGUAGCAGUAGCAGUAGUAGUAGUAGUAGCAGUAACAGUAGUAGUAGUAGUGGUAGUAGCAGUAGUAGCAGUAGUAGUAGUAGUAGCAGUAGCAGUAGUAGUAGUAGUAGUGGUAGUAGCAGCAGUAGUAGUAUUAGUAGUAGCAGUAGUAGCAGUAGCAGUAGUAGUAGUAGUAGUAGUAGUAGUAGCAGUAGUAGUAGCAGUAGCAGUACCCACCAAUACUAUUUAUUUAUACUAUUUAAUUUAAAAUCUAUUUGACCUAAAUGGGCUCAUUACUACUGAUUUUAAAGUCAAGUACAGGCUCAGAAUGUUCUCACCCCCCCCCCCGUUGAUCUACUCUACUUAUCUCCAUCCAGGUAAGGAGGAUGGAGGGGAGAAGGACAGUCUGUGUCUCCAGGGAGAGGGAGGUGAGACUGGGGAGCUGCUCCCGGGGAAGUCCCUGGUCUUCGCUGCCAUGGAGCUCCUGGUGUUCAUCCUGGUUCGCCACCUGCCCCAACUCAACACCAGGUAAUAUAUUCAUGUAUUUUUAUUCAUUUAUGUUUUUGCUUCUUAGUUCUAUUGUAACUUAUCAGUGGUGUUCUAUUGUAACUUAUCAGUGGUGUUCUAUUGUAACUUAUCAGUGGUGUUCUAUUGUAACUUAUCAGUGGUGUUCUAUUGUAACUUAUCAGUGGUGUUCUAUUGUAACUUAUCAGUGGUGUUCUAUUGUAGUUCCCUGGUUAUCCAUAGUUCCCUGGUUAUCCAUAAUUCCCUGGUUAUCCAUAGUUCCCUGGUUAUCCAUAGUUCCCUAGUUAUACAUAGUUCAUUGGUUAUCCAUAGUUCCCUGGUUAUCCAUAGUUCCCUGGUUAUCCAUAAUUCCCUGGUUAUCCAUAGUUCUCUGGUUAUCCAUAGUUCCCUGGUUAUCCAUAGUUCCCUGGUUAUCCAGAAUUCCCUGGUUAUCCAUAGUUCUCUGGUUAUCCAUAGUUCUCUGGUUAUCCAUAGUUCCCUGGUUAUCCAUAGCUCCUUGGUUAUCCAUAGUUCCAUAGUUCCCUGGUUAUCCAUAGUUCCCUGGUUAUCCAUAGUUCCCUGGUUAUCCAUAGUUCCCUGGUUAUCCAUAGUUCCCUGGUUAUCCAUAGUUCCCUGGUUAUCCAUAGUUCUCUGGUUAUCCAUAGUUCCAUAGUUCCCUGGUUAUCCAUAGUUCCCUGGUUAUCCAUAGUUCCCUGGUUAUCCAUAGUUCCCUGGUUAUCCAUAGUUCCCUGGUUAUCCUGCUUAUUCCCUCCUGAUUCUGGGUCUCUUCUAACCAGGACUUCUGCAAAACCUGGGAAUUGUGGGAAACUCAUGUACUAUUAUAAUUACUAUUAUUAUUAUUAUUCCCAGGGUGAACGAGUCCCCCAGCCACCUGCCCCUCCGGCCCCAGCCUCGUCUGCCUGAGGAGAGCACCCGGCUGGUGGCUCACACUGUCACUAUACUGGCUGAGCUGUCAUCGCUGUGCUCCCCCGCAGGUAACACACACACUCAUCAUGUCUCCUCCAUUCAUCUCCCCACAACAGUCUCUCUGCCUUAGACUCAGUCUGGCUCAAUAGCCUCUCUCCCCUUGGAUCCAUCUCACCCUGGGACUGUGGUUGUUAUGUCUGAGACUGAAGCUUUCUGAAGAUCUGAUUAUAUCCUUGAAAUCAACUGAGUCACACUGGGUGUGAAACAAUAGAAAAACAGAGAUGAUUCAGUUAGGAUUUCGGGGCUACUGAGAGAUUAGGAUUUCGGGGCUACUGAGAGAUUAGGAUUUCGGGGCUACUGAGAGAUUAGGAUUUUGGGGCUAUUGAGAGAUUAGGAUUUCGGGGCUACUGAGAGAUUAGGAUUUCAGGGCUACUGAGAGAUUAGGAUUUCAGGGCUACUGAGAGAUUAGGAUUUCAGGGCUACCGAGAGAUUAGGAUUUCGGGGCUACUGAGAGAUUAGGGACAGGGAUAAAUAUGAUUUACAUUUACAUUUACAUUUUAGUCAUUUAGCAGACGCUCUUAACCAGAGCGACUUACAGGAGCAAUUAGGGUUAAGUGCCUUGCUCAAGGGCACAUUAACGUCAUUUAGCAGACGCUCUUAGCCAGAGCGACUCACAAAUUGGUGCGUUCACCCUAUAGCCAGUGGGAUAACCACUUUACAAUUUGGGGGGGGGGGGGGGGGGGGGGUUAGAAGGAAUACUUUAUCCUAUCCCAGGUAUUCCUUAAAGAGGUGGGGUUUCAAAUGUCUCCGGAAAGUGGUGAGUGACUCCGCUGUCCUGGCGUCGUGAGGGAGCUUGUUCCACCAUUGGGGUGCCAGAGCAGCGAACAGUUUUGACUGGGCUGAGCGGGAGCUAUGCUUCCGCAGAGGAAGGGGAGCCAGCAGGCCAGAGGUGGAUGAACGCAAUGUCCUCGUUUGGGUGUAGGGACUGAUCAGAGCCUGAAGGUACAGAGGUGCCGUUCCCCUCACUGCUCCAUAGGCAAGCACCAUGGUCUUGUAGCGGAUGCGAGCUUCAACUGGAAGCCAGUGGAGUGUGCGGAGGAGGGGGGUGACGUGAGAGAACUUGGGAAGGUUGAACACCAGACGGGCUGCGACAUUCUGGAUGAGUUGUAGGGGUUUAAUGGCACAGGCAGGGAGCCCAGCCAACAGCGAGUUGCAGUAGUCCAGACGGGAGAUGACAAGUGCCUGGACCAGGACCUGCGCCGCUUCCUGUGUAAGGCAGGGUCGCACUCUCCGAAUGUUGUAGAGCAUGAACCUGCAGGAGCGGGUCACCGCCUUGAUGUUGGCGGAGAACGACAGGGUGUUGUCCAGGGUCACGCCUAGGCUCUUCGCACUCUGGGAGGAGGACACAGCGGAGUUGUCAACCGUGAUGGCGAGAUCAUGGAACGGGCAGUCCUUCCCCGGGAGGAAGAGCAGCUCCGUCUUGCCAGGGUUCAGCUUGAGGUGGUGAUCCGUCAUCCAUACUGAUAUGUCUGCCAGACAUGCAGAGAUGCGAUUCGCCACCUGGUUAUCAGAAGGGGGAAAGGAGAAGAUUAGUUGUGUAUCAUCAGCGUAGCAAUGAUAGGAAAGGCCAUGUGAGGAUAUGACAGAGCCAAGUGACUUGGUGUAUAGGGAGAAAAGGAGAGGGCCCAGAACCGAUCCCUGGGGGACACCAGUGGUGAGAGCACGUGGUGCGGAGACAGCUUCCCGCCACGCCACUUGGUAGGAGCGACCGGUCAGGUAGGACGCAAUCCAGGAGUGAGCCGCGCCGGAGAUGCCCAUCUCGGAGAGGGUGGAGAGGAGGAUCUGAUGGUUCACAGUAUCAAAGGCAGCAGACAGGUCUAGAAGGACAAGAGCAGAGGAGAGAGAGUUAGCUUUAGCAGUGCGGAGAGUCUCCGUGACACAGAGAAGAGCAGUCUCAGUUGAAUGACCAGUCCUGAAACCUGAUUGGUUUGGAUCAAGAAGGUCAUUCUGAGAGAGAUAGCAGGAGAGUUGGCUAAAGACGGCACGCUCAAUAGUUUUGGAAAGAAAAGAAAGAAGGGAUACUGGUCUGUAGUUGUUGACAUCAGUGGGGUCGAGUGUUGGUUUUUUGAGAAGGGGAGUAACUCUCGCUCUCUUGAAGACGGAAGGGACAUGGCCAGCGGUCAAGGAUGAGUUGAUCAGCGAGGUGAGGUAGGGGAGAAGGUCACCGGAGAUGGUCUGGAGAAGGGAGGAGGGGAUGGGGUCAAGCGGGCAGGUUGUUGGGCGGCCUGCAGUCACAAGUCGCAGGAUUUUAUCUGGAGAGAGAGGGGAGAAAGAAGUCAAAGCAUAGGGUAGGGCAGUGUGAGCAGGACCAGCAGUGUCAUUAGACUUAACAAACGAGGAUCGGAUGUCGUCAACCUUCUUUUCAAAGUGGUUGACGAAGUCAUCCACAGAGAGAGAGGAGGGGGGGGGGGGGAUUCAGGAGGGAGGAAAAUGUGGCAAAGAGCUUCCUAGGGUUAGAGGCAGAUGCUUGGAAUUUAGAGUGGUAGAAGGUGGCCUUAGCAGCAGAAACAGAUGAAGAAAAUGUAGAGAGGAGGGAGUGAAAAGAUGCCAGGUCGGCAGGGAGUUUAGUUUUCUUCCAUUUCCGCUCCGCUGCCCGGAGCUCUGUUCUGUGAGCUUUAAUGUCAUUCCUCAUUAAUGAAGGAUACAAGUCUAACUCUCUCUGUCAUUCCAUAUAUGAUACUUAUAGAAGGGGGUGUUUGCCUUGUUGACAUAUUAAAGGUGCAAUCUGCAAUGGUUACUGCUGUCCAAUUGUCAUUUCAAUUGAUAUACCCAUUGAUUGAACUGUUGCACAUGGCAGUUUUAAAAGGGGUAUUGGUGUGAGAUGGAGUGAAGGAUUAUUGAAGGAUACAAGUCUAACUCUCUCUGUCAUUCCUCAUUACUGAAGGAUACAAGUCUAACUCUCUCUCUGUCAUUCCUCAUUACUGAAGGAUACAAGUCUAACUCUCUCUGUCAUUCCUCAUUAAUGAAGGAUACAAGUCUAACUCUCUCUCUGUCAUUCCUCAUUAAUGAAGGAUACAAGUCUAACUCUCUCUGUCAUUCCUCAUUAAUGAAGGAUACAAGUCUAACUCUCUCUGUCAUUCCUCAUUACUGAAGGAUACAAGUCUAACUCUCUCUGUCAUUCCUCAUUAAUGAAGGAUACAAGUCUAACUCUCUCUCUGUCAUUCCUCAUUAAUGAAGGAUACAAGUCUAACUCUCUCUGUCAUUCCUCAUUAAUGAAGGAUACAAGUCUAACUCUCUCUCUGUCAUUCCUCAUUACUGAAGGAUACAAGUCUAACUCUCUCUCUGUCAUUCCUCAUUAAUGAAGGAUACAAGUCUAACUCUCUCUGUCAUUCCUCAUUAAUGAAGGAUACAAGUCUAACUCUCUCUGUCAUUCCUCAUUAAUGAAGGAUACAAGUCUAACUCUCUCUGUCAUUCCUCAUUACUGAAGGAUACAAGUCUAACUCUCUCUCUGUCAUUCCUCAUUACUGAAGGAUACAAGUCUAACUCUCUCUGUCAUUCCUCAUUAUUGAAGGAUACAAGUCUAACUCUCUCUGUCAUUCCUCAUUAAUGAAGGAUACAAGUCUAACUCUCUCUCUGUCAUUCCUCAUUAAUGAAGGAUACAAGUCUAACUCUCUCUGUCAUUCCUCAUUAAUGAAGGAUACAAGUCUAACUCUCUCUCUGUCAUUCCUCAUUACUGAAGGAUACAAGUCUAACUCUCUGUCAUUCCUCAUUAAUGAAGGAUACAAGUCUAACUCUCUCUGUCAUUCCUCAUUACUGAAGGAUACAAGUCUAACUCUCUCUGUCACUCCUCAUUACUGAAGGAUACAAGUCUAACUCUCUCUGUCACUCCUCAUUACUGAAGGAUACACGUCUAACUCUCUGUCUGUCUCCCCCCCCAGGCAGCAUGACCAUCCUCCCCACUGUACUCUUCCUGAUAACAGGGGUCCUGAAGGAGACGGCUAUGAAGACACCUGAUAACUCCAUACCCCUGCCUGUCUCAGGUACACACACACACACACACACACACACACACACACACACACACACACACACACACACGGCAGCUAUGAAGGCACCUGAUAACUCCAUACCCCUGCCUGUCUCAGGUACACACACACACACACACACACACACACACACACACACACACACACACACACAGAGACACGGCAGCUAUGAAGACACCUGAUAACUCCAUACCCCUGCCUGUCUCAGGUACACACACACACACACACACACACACACACACACACACACACACACACACACACACACACACAGACACACACACACACACACACACACACAGACACGGCAGCUGUGAAGACACCUGAUAACUCCUUACCCCUGCCUGUCUCAGCUGCUCUACAGGGUAUAAAGACCAUCAUCACCUCCCCUCUGUCCCGGGCUGAGAAGACCCCCACUCAGUGGACAGGACUGAUCCGGAGCAGUCUGGCUUCUGUUCUAGAAUACUCUCAACCAGGUAACAUGCACACUGUUCUAGUAGGAUUCCUGGUAGCCGGGUGUUUCCUGGUAGCCGGGUGUUUCCUGGUAGCCGGGUGUUUCCUGGUAGCCGGGUGUUUCCUGGUAGCCGGGUGUUUCCUGGUAGCUGGGUGUUUCCUGGUAGCCGGGUGUUUCCUGGUAGCUGGGUGUUUCCUGGUAGCCGGGUGUUUCCUGGUAGCCGGGUGUUUUCUGGUAGCCGGGUGUUUCCUGGUAGCCGGGUGUUUCCUGGUAGCCGGGUGUUCCUGGUAGCCGGGUGGUUUCCUGGUAGCCGGGUGUUUCCUGGUAGCUGGGUGUUUCCUGGUAGCCGGGUGUUUCCUGGUAGCCGGGUGUUUCCUGGUAGCCGGGUGUUUCCCCAUUAUGUGUCAGGGCGCCGUGUAGAUGGCUGUCCGGGCCUAGCCGUGGCCUGCAGAUGUUGUUGAAGCACUUGUAAAUGACCUGUAAUGAGUGUGUAGAUGUUGUUGUAAUUUACCUGUAGUGAGUGUGUAGAUGUUGUUGUAAUUUACCUGUAGUGAGUGUGUAGAUGUUGUAAUUGACCUGUAGUGAGUGUGUAGAUGUUGUUGUAAUUGACCUGUAGUGAGUGUGUAGAUGUUGUUGUAAUUGACCUGUAGUGAGUGUGUAGAUGUUGUUGUAAUUGACCUGUAGUGAGUGUGUAGAUGUUGUUGUAAUUGACCUGUAAUGAGUGUGUAGAUGUUGUUGUAAUUGACCUGUAGUGAGUGUGUAGAUGUUGUUGUAAUUGACCUGUAGUGAGUGUGUAGAUGUUGUUGUAAUUGACCUGUAGUGAGUGUGUAGAUGUUGUUGUAAUUGUCCUGUAGUGAGUGUGUAGAUGUUGUUGUAAUUGACCUGUAGUGAGUGUGUAGAUGUUGUUGUAAUUGACCUGUAGUGAGUGUGUAGAUGUUGUAGUGAGUGUGUAGAUGUUGUUGUAAUUGACCUGUAGUGAGUGUGUAGAUGUUGUUGUAAUUGACCUGUAGUGAGUGUGUAGAUGUUGUUGUAAUUGACCUGUAAUGAGUGUGUAGAUGUUGUUGUAAUUGAGUAAUGAGUGUGUAGAUGUUGUUGUAAUUGACCUGUAGUGAGUGUGUAGAUGUUGUUGUAAUUGACCUGUAAUGAGUGUGUAGAUGUUGUUGUAAUUGACCUGUAGUGAGUGUGUAGAUGUUGUUGUAAUUGACCUGUAGUGAGUGUGUAGAUGUUGUUGUAAUUGACCUGUAGUGAGUGUGUAGAUGUUGUUGUAAUUGACCUGUAGUGAGUGUGUAGAUGUUGUUGUAAUUGACCUGUAAUGAGUGUGUAGAUGUUGUUGUAAUUGACCUGUAGUGAGUGUGUAGAUGUUGUUGUAAUUGACCUGUAGUGAGUGUGUAGAUGUUGUUGUAAUUGACCUGUAGUGAGUGUGUAGAUGUUGUUGUAAUUGACCUGUAGUGAGUGUGUAGAUGUUGUAAUGAGUGUGUUUCUAUCUCUACUGUACCAAUGUGUGUUCCUCAGAUGAGUCUCGUCCCGACAUGGAUGAGGUCAGUAUGCUGACAGCCAUGACCCUCUUCCUGCUGUCCGCCAGUUCAGAGGUCAUGGGAGUCACUGUGCUGCAACGAGGCUGUAUGGACCGCUAUAGGAACGCCCUCAACUCCCCUGACCCCUGGGUAGGACACGCCCACACCGCUUCAACUCCCCUGACCCCUGAGGACUUUAAUGUCUAUUGUCUGAGGACACAGACUUGUCUUUUUGCUUUAUCCCCCCCCCCUCCCUGUAUGUUUGCGUGUGUGUAAUCUGGUUCUCCCUCCCAGGUCCAGGCGCGGUGUUACCAACUCCUCCUCUCAGUGUUCCAGCACCCCAACCGAGCGUUAUCCACCCCCUACAUCCACGUCCUGGCACCGAUCAUGGUGGAGAAGCUGAAGGGGGUGGAGCGGAGCCGGCCAGGCACUGGCACAGAGCUGCAGGCCGUACAGGAGGGCAUCAGGGUCCUGGAGAACCUAGUGGGCAUGGGAGAGGAACAGAACCGUAUGUACUGUCGGUAGUAAUGCUGCACACACAGGGUUAACACGCUGUCACACAGGGUUAACACGCUGUCACACAGGGUUAACACGCUGUCACACAGGGUUAACACGCUGACACACAGGGUUAACACGCUGACACACAGGGUUAACACGCUGUCACACAGGGUUAACACACUCACAGAGCUGCAGGCCAUACAGGAGGGCAUCAGGGUUCUGGAGAACCUAGUGGGCAUCGGAGAGGAACAGAACACCAUGGCCUGAAUAUGGGGCACAAGCCUCUUGAUCCCAUUUUGACCUCAGAUAAACAAAAUCUAAACAAAAUCUAGUUUGGUUCCUAAUUCAAUCCCUUCAAUAUUUUACUACUAAAAAUGUCCAUCCUGACAGAUCAUUCAAAGGGUGACAUGUGUUUCUCUGCAUCGGGACAGCUAUUUGGAAAUGCAUGAUUUCAGAUGUUAUCGUUUUUUUUAUUCCUCAAUAAAGAUCAUGCAGGGGACAUCUAAGAGUUUGUAAAAUAUGACUUUCAGGAUAUUUCAAUUCAUGGUUCCGUAGAGAGAACCUCAGAGUUGAAUCGUGAGAACUAUCCCUUACAUUUAAAUGGAUUCUGUUCUCUCAUCCAGAGCCACUUACCACAUCAUUGAGUUGUUUUCUUGUUUUCUGUGUCCUAUUUGAGCUUGUUAGAGGUACACGUGUCCCUGUAAACAGCUCCACUGAUCUGUAAAAACCUUCCUGUAACUACUGCCUCUUGUCAUGUGUUAUAUAUGGGCUGGGAGCGUUCGCCUGGACUUCUGCUCUGUGGCUUUUAGACUCGUGUCGUGGCAGUGUAGCCUAACUGGGAGAGCUCAAGCCCUUCAUUCACCUCUAUACCCUAGCUCAGACUAAGCCCUUCAUUCACCUCUAUACCCUAGCUCAGACUAAGCCCUUCAUUCACCUCUAUACCGUAGCUCAGACCAAGCCCUUCAUUCACCUCUAUACCCUAGCUCAGACUAAGCCCUUCAUUCACCUCUAUACCGUAGCUCAGACUAAGCCCUUCAUUCACCUCUAUACCCUAGCUCAGACUAAGCCCUUCAUUCACCUCUAUACCCUAGCUCAGACUAAGCCCUUCAUUCACCUCUAUACCGUAGCUCAGACCAAGCCCUUCAUUCACCUCUAUACCGUAGCUCAGACCAAGCCCUUCAUUCACCUCUAUACCGUAGCUCAGACCAAGCCCUUCAUUCACCUCUAUACCGUAGCUCAGACCAAGCCCUUCAUUCACCUCUAUACCGUAGCUCAGACUAAGCCCUUCAUUCACCUCUAUACCGUAGCUCAGACUAAGCCCUUCAUUCACCUCUAUACCGUAGCUCAGACCAAGCCCUUCAUUCACCUCUAUACCGUAGCUCAGACCAAGCCCUUCAUUCACCUCUAUACCGUAGCUCAGACUAAGCCCUUCAUUCACCUCUAUACCCUAGCUCAGACUAAGCCCUUCAUUCACCUCUAUACCGUAGCUCAGACCAAGCCCUUCAUUCACCUCUAUACCCUAGCUCAGACCAAGCCCUUCAUUCACCUCUAUACCCUAGCUCAGACUAAGCCCUUCAUUCACCUCUAUACCGUAGCUCAGACUAAGCCCUUCAUUCACCUCUAUACCGUAGCUCAGACCAAGCCCUUCAUUCACCUCUAUACCCUAGCUCAGACCAAGCCCUUCAUUCACCUCUAUACCCUAGCUCAGACUAAGUCCUUCAUUCACCUCUAUACCGUAGCUCAGACUAAGCCCUUCAUUCACCUCUAUACCGUAGCUCAGACUAAGCCCUUCAUUCACCUCUAUACCGUAGCUCAGACCAAGCCCUUCAUUCACCUCUAUACCGUAGCUCAGACUAAGCUUUAUGGAUCAGAAUAUUUUAUGUCCUCUCGCUCUGAGAUACUGAUUCGUUUUUUUUUUUCUUUCAUAGAGCAAAUGUUAACUAACAAGAUGCAAUGUUCAUCUAGUUAAUCAAUGUUUGUUGAUGUUCCAUCUAGUUAAUCAAUGUUUGUUGUCUCCCUCCAUUUCGUCUCUCCCUCUCACGCUCUCCCUCUUUCUCUCACGCUCUCCCUCUUUCUCUCACGCUCUCCAUCUUCUUCACCUCUCCCUCUUUUCUCUCACGCCUUCUCACCUCUUUUCUCCUCACGCUCUCCCUCUUUCUCUACCUCUCCCCUUCUCUCACGCUCUCCCUCUUUCUCUCACGCUCUCCCUUUUCUCACGUCUCUUUCUCUCACGCUCUCCUCUUUCUCUCACGCUCUCCUCUUCCUCAACGCUCUCCCUCUUCUCUCACGCCUUCACGCUCCCUCUUUCUCUCACGCUCUCCCUCUUUCUUACUCCCGCUCUUCCUCACACUCUCUCUCUCAACUCUCCCUCUUUCUCUCAACGCUCUCCCUUCACUCUCCCUUUCUCUCACGCUCUCCUCUUUCUACUCUCCCUCUUUCUCUCACCUCUACCCCUUUCUCCUCACGCUCUCCCUCUUCUUCACUCUCCUCCCACACUCUUUUCCCUCUCACGCUCUCCCUCUUUCUCUCACGCUCUCUCUUUCUCUCACGCUUCUCCCUCUUUCUACGCUCACCUCUCUCAGCACCUCUUUCAUCACCUCUACCCUCUUUCCCCACGCUCUCCCCUCUCCACUCCUUUCUCUCACGCCUCUCACCUCCUCUUCUCUCACGCUCUCUCAGCUCCCUCUCUUUCUCUCACGCCCAUCUCCACUCUUCUCUCUCACACUCUCCCUCUUUCUCUCACGCUUCCUCUCUCCACGCUCUCCUCUUCUCUCACACUCUCCCUCUCUCUCACGCUCUCCCUCUUUCUCUCACGCCUCUCUACGUUCCUCUUCUCUCACGCUCUCCUCUCACUCUCCCUUCUCCCUCUUUCUCCCACCUCUCCCUCUUUCUCUCACGCUCCCUCUUUCUCUCACGCUCUCCCCUUCUCUCACGCUCUCCCUCUCAUCCCCCUUCUCACGCUCUCCCUCCUCACACUCUCCCUCUUCAUCUCUCCCUCUUUCUCUACGCUCUCUUUCUCUCACCUCUCCCUCCACCUCUCCUCUUUCUCUCCACCUCUCCCUCUUCUCUCACGCUCUCCCUCUUCUCUCACGUCUCUCUCCCACUCUUCUCUCACACGCUCUCCCUCUUUCUCUCACGCUCUCCCUUCUACGCUCUCCUCUUUCUCUCACGCUCUCCCUCUUUCUCUCACGCUCUCCCUUAUCUCUCACGCUCUCCUCUUCUCUCACGCUCUCCCUCUCUCACGCUCUCCCUCUUCUCUCUCACGCUCUCCCUCUUUCUCUCACGCUCUCCCUCUUUCUCUCACGCUCUCCCUCUUCUCUCACGCUCUCCCUCUUUCUCUCACGCUCUCCCUCUUUCUCUCACGCUCUCCCUCUUCUCUCACGCUCUCCCUCUUUCUCUCACGCUCCACCUCUCCAUCCUGUUCCCUCUUCAACAGGGGUUCAGUUGCUGGCUCUGUUAGUACCCACCCUGGUCUCCUAUCUCCUGGAUGACAAUGCCUUCUCCUCUGCUCCUCCGGCCUCCAAGGGCCUACAUGAGUUUGCUCUCCAGAACCUGAUGCGGAUCGGGCCCCUCUACCCAGCUGCCUUCAAGACAGUGAUUGGAGCCGCACCUGAGCUCAAGACCCGCCUUGAGUCGGCCGUCAGAGCCAAUCAGGCGAGCAGCAAAGCCAAAGCAGCAGCCCUAUUGGCUCAGCCAACUGUGCAGGCUGCGCCCACCAUCAAACUCAAGACUAGCUUCUUCUAA